AGCCGCGGCUGCUUGCAGAGCCGCCCCGACAGGCGGAUCCGUGGUGAGGCGCGCAUCAUCCACUCGACGGCUCUCGUUGGCAAGAACAUUGGGGGGCGGGGAAGGCGGCGGCAGCGGCGGUGGGCGGCCGGCACAGCAGGUGUCUCUCGUUCUCCGCCCCCCUCCAGAAAAGCAGAGUCUUCGCACCCUCCCUGAGCUCUGGCCACUCCAAAAGCUCUGGAGAGAUCCGACGGCCCAGACGCCGCUCGCUUCUCCUCCUCCGCGUUUGUUCUUGAAACGGCAGCCGCUCCUUCUCUGCUUCUCUGAAGGCUGCUGUCGGUGCGAUUCCUCCUCCUCCUCCUCCUCCACACAAACACACUUCGAUGGUGAAUACCACCAAGUGAGCAGGCCGGUGCGAUUCGUCCCUUUGCAGUGGAGCAGGAGCCCUCCGUGCGUGUGUGCAUUGUGGAGAGCGCGCUUCGCUUUUAGGAACAAACCGCGCCUCCCGCCCGGCGUUUUGGACCAGUUCAGGGCUGAGGGGAAAGUCGCGGAGGCUGCCGCUUCAGAGGGUGCGCAAGAAGCACGCUAGAAAUUGACAAGUCAGGUUAGUAUAUCGGGCGGCGGUCCCUCUUUGAUGAGCAGAGUCAAGUCAACGGCCAACCUGGUUGUGCUUUGCCUCCGCAGAAAAGUGCGGAGGACCCCAGUCUUUGGUCCUCGACAGCUGCACGCGUUGCAUCUAUUUCAGGGUGCAAUCCUAACGCCACCUACUUGGGAGGAAGCGCCAGUGAAUCCAAUAGGGUUUCCUUCCCAUUAGAAAUGGUUAGGAUCGCGGUAUGUGAGAGUUACAAUCCAGACAUGUCUACUCAGCAGCAAGUGCUAAUGCGUUCCAUGGGACAUGCUCCAAGGGGAGUGUGCUUAGGACCGCAGUUUUACAGCACACCCCUAGCCUUGCACACGUCGACAAUGAAAGCAAGCCGCAUUGAGUUCACUGGGACUUCCCUUCCAGGUAAGGCUUCAUAGGCUGCAAUCCUUCACACGCUUACCUGGGAGUAAGUCUGUACCACUGAAUUCGUGACUAGCUUUAGGCACGCGCUUUAAGCUGGCACAAAACUCUGUUUGCCUCCAGCAGCCUAACGGGGCUGUGCUUCUGAAUACCUGUUGUUUGUGGGCUUCCCAAAGACAUCUGGUUGGUCACCGCUGUGAGGAAAGGAUGCUGAACUAGCUGGGCCCCAUUUGGUCCGAUCCAGCUGAGCUCUUAUGUCAUUUUGUGGGGGCAUGGUGUCUCUCCAAUGUAAAUAGGCUCUGGGAGGUUAGCAUUGCUUCCUUUGAGAUGAAUAUUGUUUGCCUAGCUGCAGUUGGAACUGAUAUCUUGGGGGGAGGGAUCCUUUGUAUAUUGCUUGAAAUAUCUUGCAAAAGACAAGAGAGAGAGCAGGGAGAGAGAGAGAGAGAGAAUCUUGUGGUACCCUUGGGACAACUGUGGCAAAAGGCCAAAAUGAAACUGGGUUUUUAAGAUGCAAUGAGACCAUCUCUCUCUCUCUCUCUCUCUCUCUCUCUCUCUCUCUCCCUCCCUCCCUCCCUCCCUCCCUCUUGUGUGUGUGUGUGAGUGUGUGUGUACUUGCUUGCUUCCUGUAGCACAAUAACUAGGUCUCCCAUCCUGAAUUUUUCAUUUAAAAAAUUGACUGAACACAUUGAUGUAACAAUAGUAGCAGCAAACCUUUCCUUCAUUCCCUCCCUUCAGUAUACACUUGGAGCACUUUAGGGCUGCAGUCCUAGGCACACUCACUUGGUGGGAAGUCCUACUGAAAAUAGUGGUGCUUACAUCUGGGUAAAGAUGGAUUGGCUGCUGCAUGUGUUUGAAUUGUUUUUUACCUUGCAGCUUGUCCUCCUGGCCCCUUUUUACCUGCCUCCCACCUGCCCCACUGAACAGAAAGGUACAAUCAAUCCCCCAAGCAUCCUUUCUUCUUAAGAAACCAGUAGGCCCAAUCCCAGAUACAAAGAAGCCACCUACAGUGAGCCAGUGAUGAGGAAAAACACUCUGCACAUGAUCUGAGGCACAUGCUCCAGAGAUAACAAAGGAAGCUGGUGUAUACCAAGUUAGGCCAUUUGUCUGCCUAGCUCAGUAUUGCCUCCACUGAGUGGCAGAGGUUGUCCAGGGUUCCAGGCAGGGAGCAUCCUAGACCGACCUAGAGAUGCCUGGGAUUGAACUUGAGAUCUUCUGCACUUAAAGCAGAUGCUCUAACACUGAGAUAACCAUUGGCACUGAAUUAAACUGCCCCUGUGGCUGAGUUCUGCAUUUCAUUAAGCCAUGCCUUUUGCUGGGAAAGCUUAGGUACUGGUUUCAGAAGCUCAGUGAUGGGGGAAAGCAUUUUGUAAAAUCUACCAGGUUCACUGGAAACAGCUUUAGGGUGGAUUCUGGUACAAAUGUAAACCUUUGAGUGACAGGAACCCCCAGCUCAAAUUGAGCUGAUUGGGUACAUUUCUGCAAAUUCUUUGUACUAUUUAGUUGGUAUCUCUUUUUUGGAGCGGGGGCGGGGGUUUCCCCAUACCACCCCUGGUAUACCAACAAUUUUUAAAGGAUGAUAUAUGAUCUUAGUAACAUGGUGUUGGAAUGCUAUCUUGGCACAAAACACAGUCAGAAUAAAGGGACAGCUAAAUGAAAGGAUCUGCCUCGUCGCCAAAGUUGCAGGUACCGGUAAUUGGCUGUUGCUUUUUAGCUUAGAUCGAAUGAGGGAUUCUUGCUGAAAGAAGACAGAGUUGGAGGGCUAAAGAUUUGUGGUUUCCAUCCUAAGAUUGGACACAGACCUUAUGAGCAGAUCUCCAAAGGCAUGGUGGAAAUUCAGCUAAGCCAUGAUAGAAGUAGUAUUUAGAAAUUUCUUUUGCAGUGCUUUCUUCACAACAUGUGAAAUGCUUUGCCAUUCUUUUCUCACUUGUUCGCACAACAACCUUGUAAAGCAGGUUAGGUGGAGGGAGUGACUAACCCAGAACUACUUCAAAACAUUGCAAAAUUCUGACCAGUGUUGCUGAUAAGGGAUUUGAGAAACACAAAUCUAAAGCCCCACUGGGAUGAGCAAGAGCCUGUAGAGCUCAUUGGCUGAGCACAUGGUUAUCACAGAAAAACCAACCUCUACGAGUCUCAUGCAGCUCUAGGUAAGGUUAAGAAACAGCCCCAUCCGAAACCCUAGAGAGUUGCUGCCAGAUUGUGUAGAUAAUACUGUGCUAGGUGGGCCAAUGAUAUGAGCAGGUAUUAGGGAGUUUCCUAUGUUGGAAGGUCAUUUUAGAGAUGGGGAGAUGAUGGAUUCUGGAAUCGCACAAGGUGUCGCUGAAAUUUGAGACACCAAGUUCUGCCACUGGUGACCUCAGUGUUCCUGUCCCUCCUGCUGCUGCUGCUGCUCCUCCUCCUGGGAGCCAGUGGUAGUGCAGCAUUUUGGGAGACCAGGGUUCAAAUCCCACCACGUCAAUGAAGCUCACUGGGUGAGCUUGGGCCAGUCAUUGCCUCCCAGCCAAACCUACCUCACAGGGUUGUUGUGUGGCAUAAAAUGGGGAGGGGGAGAACCAUGUACACCACCUUGAACUUCUUGGAGAAGAGGUGGGAUAUAAAUGCAAUGCAAUAAUCUGUCCAUGCCUACUCACCUCCACUUUCUGAGUAUGCAAGAAGUGACAAGGUUGAAGAGAUAGAUCUGCUCUCUCUGCCUGCCUUGCAGUCUCCUCUGGGUGAUUGUGUGGGUUGGGUCUGGAUAGAGAAAGCAUGUGGAUGGGGAGCAGGGACAGUGGUGAAGAUUAGGUUGGCCUACUCAGAGACAUGACUUGCUUGGAUUUGCCAUACUCCAGUCUUUCUCAAUCUGGUGCCCUUCAAAUAUUUUGAACUACAACUCCCAUCACUCCCAGCCAGCCUUGCUGGGGCUGAUGAGAGUUGUAGUCUUAUACAUCUGGAGGACACUGGACUAGUAAAAGCUGUCACACACUGUAUUGGGUAAUAUUGUGCGCUAACAGGCUAAUCCAUUUCCUUGAAAGCAGAUGUUCCUCCCCAGAUUUUAGCAGUUGUGAAAGGGGGGGUGCUGGUCUGAUUAUGAUGAAGAGGGGUGGAAACAGUUGCAAAAGCGGAUGCCUACAAAGUAAUACAGGAAUUAAAGAAGCUAUUGCCGAAAACACUUUAAAAAAUGCCCACGUGAUUCUUAUUAAAAUUAAUUAUGCAUAUUUAUAAGAGUGGAAACUUCAGAUUUAAAAAAAGGAAAUUAACAAUGCACAUCCAGAGCAUUGUCUUCUGGAAAUUCUGGUUUCCGUAGCAUUCCUCUCAUUAAGCAACUUUUAAAGAGGAUGAAUGGAAUUAAAGGUUGCAUCAGAAAUUCCAAAACAUGGCAUGCACUGAAUGUAGCUCUCAAUUUUAAUUUAUUUUAAUUCUCAGAAGCAGUUUUCACUAAUCUGUACGAAAUAGUAUCAGACAGCUUCUGUUGUUUCAUCACCACCUUUUUAUCUCAUUUCUUUGAUAAGAAAUGAGAAGCUCUAAGGUUUUUAAAAGCAAUAACACCUAAAAAAAUCCAACCCAGAUCAGAAUUCCAAUUGUUUCUUUAAAAAAAAAAGUCCACAUAUGUCUCCAUUAACCAUGCAUAUAUGUUGAGACACCAGCAAGCAAAGAUGCUGAGUUCAAUUUUGAUCUGCUCAAAGCAUGAUUCCAGUUCUGGUGGUACCAGAGCUUGAUCAGUGUCUAUUAUGACUGAUCUUCCCCUGCAAAUUUGACCUCAGCAGAGCAUUGGGUACCUUGCAGGGCGUGGUCAUUGCCCUCCCUCAGAUAUAAAGAUAAAUUAUGGUUUAUUAUGUAAUGAGAAUGAGCCUGCAAGAUCUUUAGGUUCAAGUACCUCCUGACCCUCUUCUGAAGUGACUGUGAGGAGGAGACAGAAGUUUUUGCUUCUGUUUUUAACUAACCAGAGUUUUCUCUUUUCACAUGAACCUCAACAAACUGUGAUUAGUCUAAACUAUGGUUUACUAAAACAAGCCAACUUCAGCACUUGGUUUAUGAAGCUGGCUUGUUUCAGUAAACCGUAGCUAAAAUGCAGUUAACUGAAAAUGAAAAUCUAAAGUUUCCUAUCUUCUCCUUGCGGUGUGCAAAAUAAGAAGUGAGGAGAGGGGGACAGGCAAGCACAAGCUUUGCACAACCUCAUUCACAUGAUGGUAAACUAGAAGUGAACACCUGCACAUUCUGACUGUGGGAAGGGCCGGAGCUAACCUAGCACUCUCUCACACACAUACAAUCUCCAUUCCAUCCGCACCUAGCAGGCAGCCUGGGAAGUGAAAAUUUACUCUCACUAGAGGUCUGAACUGAUCACUUGAGCAGGCUAAGAUGAGGCUGAGGUUGGGCCAUAGGUAGCCCCACUGUGCACUAAACCAUCAUUUAGCAUUGUAUCUGCACCAAGCUAUACUCAUGCCUUGCAUCAGAUGAAAGUGUGUCCUAGAAUCCCAGAAUCUUUUGCAAUCCCAAAGAGAUUCUGCAGUGGACAAAUCAAUGUGUCAGGAGUUCCCAGAGGGUAGGAAGCUUGAAAAAUACUGCACUAGCAAAAGACCUCAACAGAGUUCACUCCUGCUCCAGCAGUUCAGCUGAUUUCUAGUCUGAGUCUAAUCAUCUUUGAGGACUUCAUUGUAAAUAGCCUUUGGGUUUUCUUCUACAGCUCCAACUUUCUUUGACAGCAAAUGUGUUUUUGUUUUCCUUCCCCCCUUCCUUUUCUUUACAGCAAAGAUGAGGAAAAAGUGGACAUUGGAAAACGUUCGAUUCCUUUUGGCCUGUGUGCUCUGCCUUCUUUUCAUUGAGGGAAGUAAAACGGAACAAGGAAAAUGUGAGUAAAACUCUUGUUGAAGGCCAGCUAAAAUCCUGCUGUCUUUGGUGUCAUUAGCCCUGACCAUACAUUCAUCUGUGUAGAAUGGAAAGGUGUAGACUGAAAAUGUGGAUACAGGACUCAUUCCAACCUCCAGGUGAUCAAGAGCCACUGUACUGUACUUACACCUGAAUACAUGUAAGCUCCUGCAUAUACAAUCCAUGCCCUGGAUGUGCAUGUGGUGUACGUCAAUUGGUUCUGCACACACAUGGCCCUUAAACCUGCAAAGGGCAAAGUCUAUGGGUGGCUCCAAGAAAGCCCUGGGGAAAGUGCUCUUCAGUCGGGUCAGUCUCCAGGUCAACCUCCUCUGUAGGUUGAACCUGGAAAGCUUAUCUGUCAGCAGUGGCAGACAGAUGGGUUGCAGAGAUUUAGGCCAGCCCACCCAUGAGGCAAGGUGAGGCAACUGGCUCAGGUGGCAGGAUCCACAGGUGCAGCCUAUCCUUAUGUAGAUCUUUAUUCUUUCACUCGCUCCUUCUUCCCUGGCUGGGAGGAGGCACCAUUUUGUAGAACACCGCAGGUGCCAAAAUGUCUUGGGCCAGCCCUGGCAGGAAUGCAGGAGAGAGAAAUUAGAUUUGGUCCACAUUUGGUCCACAUGCAGGGGAGAGAAAUUAGAUUUGGUCCACAUUUUAAUGAAAAUGAUCAUAGAUCAAAUUGGGAAAAAUAAAUACGGUAAAUGGACAAAAGUACAAAGAUUCACAAAAAGUUUUGGAGUAUGCGUACCCCUGUCCCCCCCCCCCCCGAAAAAAGCACUGUGUGUAACAGUUUACAAUAAGUAGGACACAUUGCCUCUCAGCCUGUUCUACCUCACAGGCUAAAAUGGGAAGGGAGAGAACCAUGUACUCCACCUUGAGCUCCUCAGGGAAAAGGUGGGAUAUAAUUGUAGUAAUAAAUUGAAUAAACAGUAGUUAUGAGAGCAUGGGACGCGGGCGGCGCUGUGGGUUAAACCCCAGAGCCUAGGACUUGCCGAUCAGAAGGUUUUCGGUUCGAAUCCCCACGACGGGGUGAGCUCCCGUUGCUCGGUCCCUGCUCCUGCCAGCCUAGCAGUUCGAAAGCACAUCAAAGUGCAAGUAGAUAAAUAGGUACCACUCCGGCGGGAAGGUAAACGGUGUUUCUGUGCGCUGCUCUGGUUUUGCCAGAAGCGGCUUAGUCAUGCUGGCCACAUGACUUGGAAGCUGUACGCUGGCUCCCUCGGCCAAUAAAGCGAGAUGAGCGCCGCAACCCCAGAGUCGGCCAUGACUGGACCUCAUGGUCAGGGGUCCCUUUACCUUUACCUAUGAGAGCAAGGGCAUCUGAUUCAUCAGAGAAGUGAAAAAAAUGAUCCAAUGAUAAGAUGGUGAUGUUGUCUUGUUCUCUCAAGGGAUUACAGUCGUCAUUAUUGUUUUGCAAAGACAGUAUUGCACAUGGAAACAAUUUUUAUUUUGUUCUGAUAUACUCCAGAAAUAUAAAUGUUUUGUUUUUCUUUCUUUUUUUCAAAAAAAUUAUUGGUUUUUCCAAAAGUUUUUCAAACAAACAAACAAAUGAACAAACAAACAUAAAUCUCACUAUAUUUCAACCAAACUUAGUAACAUUGUUAAGUGACUUCCUCGUAUCCCCCUGGUUGAAUUUCAGUGUAUAUCAUUUUAACGGUUUUCCAACACCAAAAAUGUUUUGUUUUUCUAAAGCUGAUAUGAAGGUUGGUUUAACUGGUUUAUUUACACCCCACUUUUCAAUCAAGACUGGAUCUCCAAAGCAACUUGCAACAAUUAAAAUCCAUCAUAAAUAUAGAAUAUAAGACAUCCUCCCCCAACCUGGUGCCCUCCAGCUUAUUUGGAUAACUCUUCUCAACAGCACAGCUGUAUUGGCUGGAGAUGAAGGAAACUGUAGUCUAAAACUUCUAAAGGUCACCAGGUUGGGGAAGGCUGAUCUUAGGGAUCCAUGGAUAGGGGUGGUCUUGUCUGUCCCCUGGCAGAUGAUGACACAGCUUAGAUGGAGAGGCAGGUGGAGCUGUAGAUGAACAUAAGGAGAGGCUGGCUGCUGGAUCAGACAAAAGGACCAUCUAGCUCAGUAUUCUCUUCUCACAGUGCUCAACCAGAUGCCCCAAAGUGAAGCCCAUAAGCAAGACCUGAGUGCAACAACUACUUGUGCUCACCAACAACUGGUAUUGAUGGAUUCAUUCACUGCUGAUUGGCAGCAAGAAUGCCCACCCACAGAAUUUUCCCUUCUGUAGACAAUGAAUUCCGAAACAUUGAAGAAAAAUGAAAACACUAUUUCUCAAAAUCCAGUCUUAAUAGUUGGCCAAUAGAGCACAAGUUUUGGUUUGAAGCUCCCAGGAAAAAAGCAGUGACUACCACCAUCAUUGUUGAUCCACAUCCAGCACCAGUUAUGUGGGGUAGACUGUUCUCAGAGGGAAAUGUUGGGGAAAGGAAAGGGAAAACAUGUUCUGCAACUUUUUCCACUACUUUAUUUUUCCAUGGAUUUUUUUUUCCAUUUGUAGAAAUGCAUCAAUCAUAAAAUUAAUUACUAACAUAAUGAAUGAAUCUGAUGCAAGCCAACUUGAGCAUCUGGAAAUGCAUGCAAUGCCAGCCCAAUCCAAAAUGAAAGCUGCAAUUAAAUAAUGUCAGGUGACCAUCCCUAGGAAAUACAUAUACUAUGUGCACAACUCUUCCAGCAAAGGACAAAUUAUCAUGUUCAUAAUCUUAACAUAUUUAUAAGCACUGCAAUAAAACUAAUACAGAAACUGAACUUUGAAUUUGUUUGAAUAUAACAUUUACAGCAUAAAUCUAUCCAUGUCUACUCAGAAGAAAGUCUCACUGAGUUCAGAGGGACUUAGUGGGGAUGGGGGGGAUUGAUUCACAUUUAAUAAUUUGGGAAUGGUUUCCCCACGAGAUUGCCUUACUCUGCAUGUUCCUAUUGUUACAUUUGCCUUUAUGCUAAGCAUGUUUAACUGUUUUCCCCUAUUUAGCUAGCUGAUAAAUUUUAUUUUAUCUUGAAUGAACUCUUUGUUUUCCCCAAGAGUAUAUUUUUCAUUGCCUUGUCAAGAAUCUAAUGUAAUAGCUGGAGGGUCUGUUUUACCUCAGAUAUAACAAAUGCAGAGUUUGCUUCAUUCCAUUUUAAGCACUGCUAUACACAUCACCGAGGUCACCUGGGUUCCAUCCCAUGAGUUUGAAGUCAUGUGCUGAAGUUUUCAGGUCAUAUUUAUCUAAGAUAAAUCAAAUAAAAGAUGCAAUACCAUUUAAGGAAACAAAUUGCCCAGGCAGUUAGUAAAACAUAUUAAUGAGGUCUUUGGAAACAAAAAUACCGUUUUUAUAUAUCUGAGAAUAGUUUCCCCUGAUCUUAGCAAUCUAUGGGACAUGACAUUGGUUGCCAAAAGUCAUGAAUGGCAGGUGACAUACUUGGUGAUCACUGGAAAUUGUUCAAGACAUUUUGCUGCCCCCAUUCCAUGUACAACCCCACCCCAGACUUGAGUGACAGUUGAAUCUUGCUUUGACAUUGCCUCCACUGCACCUGAGCCAAGCAGGUUAGCUUAAGAACAUAGGAAGAGCCCUCCUGAAUCAGACCACGGGCCAUCUACUCCAGCAUCUUGUUCUCACUGUGGUCAACCAGAUACCCCUGUGGGAAGCCUGCAAGCAAGCCCUGAGUGCAAUAGCAUUCCAUGAAUCUGUCUCAGCCUCUUUAAAAGUCAUCCAAGUUGGUAGUCAUCACCACCUCUUGUGGGAGAAAAUUCCACACUUGAGCUAUAUAUUGUGCAAAUAAAUGUCCUGAAUUUUCCAGCAUUCAGUUUCAUUGGAUUACCCUGAGUUCUAGUAUUAUGAGACAGGCUAUGCACUUUUUGCAUAUCAAGAAUAUGUUUAUGCACCUCUAUCGUGUCCCCUCUUACUCACCUUUUCUCUAAACUAAAAAGCCCCAGAUGUUGUAAUCUUUCCUCACAGGAGAGUUGCUCCGCCCCCUUUGAUUGUUUAGAUAGCCUUUUUCCUCAACAUUUCCCACCUUAGGGGCCAUAGGACAGACCAUGUAGGGCUAGAUGUACAUGUGCCAGAAGGAACCAGGAAAAUGAAUUCCACUAGUGCAGUGGGACUUCCCCCCCCCCCUUUCCUCUCUCCUCACCACCCGCCCAAAAAUCUGGGGAGUCUGGAAACUUCCAGAACAGUGCAUGGCAGGAGGUGAGGGAGAUCAUUCUGUUGGGCAAGCUGAAACGCUUUCACUGACAGAGCAAUUGGAAGAGCACAAUGUUGGAUUCUUCCCAUAGUUCUGUCCACUCUCAGCUCCAUAGCAUUUGCCACCUGGGGCCACUGCGUCACUCUGCCUCAUGGUAGGGCUAGCCAUGGAAAUCUCAUUUGAAGCUACUUGGAAACCAUAGAAUCCCCUGCUGUACCUGUAGGUGCCACUUUUCUCUGGCUUAUUUCUUGUAUUGGUCAACAUUAUGUGAUAGUAGUUGACCACAGAACAAGCAAAUUUCCCAACUCUAAUCAAACUUCCCUGGCAAGUAGAGGGAUACAAAAGGGAAGGACGAGAUGGACGUGAUCCAAGGGAGGCAUUCUCUCUGCUCGGCUGAGCUUAUUCACAAGAACGAGCUGUGCAAAUAGCUUUGUCUAAAGCAGGAGCAUCACCAAGGGGCUGUCGGUGGCAUCCCCAGUUCACUGCUUCUUAGACAUGAAAGCAUCAUUCAUCCCACAGCCGACUGAAGUGGAAGCAGAUCUUUUCACACAAACCACCACAGUGCCCCACACAGCCUGCACUCUGUUUUUAGGCAGAAGGAAGGAAAGCAGAUCAUAUUGGCCAGGUUUAAAUGGCCAUCUCUCAACAACUCUUCUAUGGUGCAGAAGUUAUCAAUCUGAGGUCUGUUGUCUAAUACUACUUUGCAGGCUCCUUCAAGUGCUUUCAGGAAACUUGCAGUACUGUUAAGAAUGCAUGCAGGUCCUGCUAUCCAAACACUCGAAUGAAAAUUCACUUAUCCAAACACGAGGAAUUAGUACCCAAACCUUGCUAUACACAGCACAGAUUCAGAUAUCCAAACAGUCGGACCUGCAUGUAGUACUGUAAACAAAUAAGCAACCUUAAACAAGCAUUACUUUUUUGUGUUUUGCUGCUAGAAACCAUGUGGGUGGGAGCGGGAGGAGAGGGAGGGAGGGAGAGAGAUUUGACAAAUAAGAGAAUUUUCCCCCCUUUCUUGUUUGCCUUUUGCAAAGUUUCAAAGGGUCUUCGUGGCCCUCCCCCCAUCAUUUUGGGGUCAAAAUUCUACGGUCCAGAAUGCACUGGAAUUUUUCCAAUAGGGUUCAAUGAAAAUUGUCAAUUCAUUAUGCGAACGUACACCUAACAAACAAUUUCCUGAGAAUGCAUUGUGCUCAGAUAGCGAGACCUGUGAAUGUACCUACUUGGCCCUGCAUUUGAUUUUAUUUAUUUCUGACAAUGGAGAUUGAGACCACUUUGCUCAAGCCAAAGUACAGCAUGGGCUCUUCAUCCUUUGCCACCCUCAACCCUAAAUACAGAAGCUGAAUGAAUGCUGAACCUGAGUUGAAGUUUUAAGCUAAAUUCCACCCUGCGUCACAGGCCUCUGCUGACAAGAGGCCAUUCCUUUACAAAGAGAAGACCACAGCCACUAAAAUAUGAGUUGUAUGUGUGGUUUGAUUUGUAGAACAAACAAACAAAAACUUUAUUCAGUGGUUCACCAAGACCCUCAGCAAUUUCCAUUGGAGUGACAUUAAAAAAAUAAAAUGUUUGAGAACCACUGCUGUGAUGUAUGUCAUUUCUUGUGGAGAUACUUCAGAACAAUAGUGGGGUUCAAGGUGGAUAACAUUUGCUUAUACAGUGGUACCUCGGGUUAAGAACUUAAUUUGUUCCAGAGGUCCUUUCUUAACCUGAAACUUAACCUGAAGCACCACUUUAGCUAAUGGGGCCUCCCGCUGCCGCCGUGCGAUUUCUGUUCUCAUCCUGAAGUUCUUAACCCGAGGUACUUUUCUGGGUUAGCGGAGUCUAUAACCUGAAGCGUCUGUAACCUGAAGCAUAUGUAACCCAAGGUAACACUGUAAUGAUUUCUAUGUAUAAAUGCAAAUUUAAACAGGAGUAUAUGUCAUGCUAGUGAAAGAGACUGUGACCAGGUGGUUGCUGUGCCUGACAAAAGAAAGUACUUCACACAGCACAUAGUUGAUCUGUGGAACUCACUCCCACAGGACAAAUUCAUAGAGGACAAGGCAAUAGCCAUGACAGUUAUGUUCUACCUCCACUGAGAGAGGCCUUCAUCCCCUGAAUACCAGUUGCUGGGAAUCACAAGUAGACAGAGUGUCAUUGGACUCAUGUCCAGUUUGCAGGCUUCCAAAAGGCAUCUGUUCAGCCACUGUGAGAACAGGCUGCUGGAUUAGAUGAGCCUUUGGUCUGAUCUAGCAGGCUCUUCCUAUGUUCCUCUGCUCAGUCUGCUAUCCAAGUGCUGAUUGUUGAUAGACAACUUCAAGUGCCUUCCUGCUCUCCCUUCUUAGUGUUCUUUAGUUUUAAACAAGACUUGGGCCAGGCAGCCCUGGAAAUAGAGAAUGCCUUCAAAUGGAGGCCUGUCCUCUGGCAGCUUGUUCUCUAUAAAGGAGGACACUAUAUGUGGGUGGGUUGUUGGGUACAUUUACCCUCUAGCACAACCUUGAGGUGGUUGGUGGUUUUGUUGUUAUUGUUUUAAGGCUUCAGGGCCCUUUGGCUAACUGUAUGUCUGCCUGGAGAGAAGCAGGGUCUUAGAAAGGAAGGCAAGCAGGUUAAAGAGCACACAGAGAGACACAAUCAGGUUCAGUGGCUCAUCACUUAGCAGGAGAUUAGGCAAAGCUAAGGACAAAGGCUAGAAGAUGCAUCCAGAAAUGGAAGCUUGUCCUCUUCCCCGUUUCCUUGAACAGCAAAUGUUUGGCAUCUUUUAAGUUCCUCUUCCUCUUCUUCAAAAAUGGCAUUUGGUUCUCCACAAAAUAUUCUGUCCAUUUUCAAUUAGAAUCUAAAAUAGAAUGGAAUAAUAAAAUAUGCAAUAACAGAAUGGAAACCUACAAAAGUAAGAUCAAUUUCCAAAUGCAAUUUCAAAUUUGCAACUGCUGGUGUUAUCUAUACUUUGACCAUCUUUAUGCAUACUUGCUUUUAAAGUUUUAUUUUACCACUAAUUUCUUAUGUGUUAUGGAAGCCAUGUGAAGGUAUUUGUGGAUUAAGGAGAAUUUAAAUAUUGCUAAAGAAAUUAAUAAACAUGUGGAAGUUUAGCUCUACAGUAAGAUAUCCCCAAGAGGCACAGGGGUAGAGCAUCUGUUUGCCUUCAGAAGAUCCUAAGUUCAUCUCCACGUAGGACUGGGGAUGUCUUCUGUCUGCCUGAAACCCUGGAGAGCUGCUGCCAAUCAGUGUAGACAAUACUGAGCUAGAUGGACCAAUGGUCUGACUUGGUAUACAGCAGCUUCCUAUGUUCCUAAAAUGAUGGUUACCCACUCUGCUUUUGCACAGACCCCUUUGCUCACCCUUCACAUCUUGGCCUCUUCUCUUUUGCAGACUCAGAGACUUACUGUGUGUUCCAAGAUAAAAAGUAUCGUGUAGGCGAAAGGUGGCAUCCAUACCUAGAGCCUUAUGGGAUUGUCUACUGCGUUAACUGUCUCUGCUCAGAGGUACGUUCCUUGAAGCUAAUUCUAUUGCUUUUCAGCCCUGACAGCCAGAUGGUGACCAUUGUGCACAAGAGAGGAAUGUCCUUUGUUAUGAUGGGCAGGCUAUGUGUCACAGGGAUUGCUAUAAACCUAGCUAAAUUCUAUGCUAUUUUCACAAUUUAGCUAGUGAUCCAACUACAGUGGUACCUCUGGUUAUGUACUUAAUUCGUUCCAGAGGUCUGUUCCUAACCUGAAACUGUUCUUAACCUGAAGCACCACUUUAGCUAAUGGGGCCUCCCACUGCUGCCGUGCCUCCGCCACAUGAUUUCUGUUCUCAUCCUGAAGCAAAGUUCUUAACCCGAGGUAAUAUUUCUGGGUUAGAAGAGUCUGUAACCUGAAGUGUCUGUAACCCGAGGUACCACUGUAAAAGAUGUUAUUCAGUUUUGCCUUUUGAAGUGAAGUAACCUGAUUUGUACUGCCCUGGCUAAUAUGUAGAGAGGGACACAGUUAUCAUUUGGGUUUUGCAUGCCUCGGCUCAAUCCUUGACUCAACAAUGCAGCAAAAUGCAUGUUAAAAUUUGUGUUUGGGGACUGUGGAUUUAGAAGUGUCUAUGAUGCGGGUGGUGCUGUGGGUUAAACCACAGAGCCUAGGGCUUGCCAAUCAGAAGGUCAGUGGUUCGAAUCCCCGCGACGGGAUGAGCUCCCGUUGCUCGGUCCCUGUUCCUGCAAACCUAGCAGUUCGAAAGCACAUCAAAGUGCAAGUAGAUAAAUAGGUACCACUCCAGCGGGAAGGUAAACUGUGUUUCCAUGCGCUGCUCUGGUUCGCCAGAAGUGGCUUAGUCAUGCUGGCCACAUGACCCAAAAGCUGUACACCGGCUCCCUUGGCCAGUAAAACAAGAUGAGCGCCACAACCCCAGAGUUGUCCGCAACUGGACCUAAUGGUCAGGGGUCCCUUUUAUGGGAAAAUACAUUCAAAUAUGCAUUUUUUAUUUUUUAAAAAAUCAUAGAUUAAUGCAGAAUGGAAUGGAGAUAUUGAAUGGGCACAUCAAUCCAUCCCUGCUCCCAAGGGUAUCUCAAAUUGAACCCCAAUUAUUUUGCCCCAUAGAAUUCAAUGGAAGUUAUUGAGGAUCAUGACGACCAAUGUCUGUAUAAACUCCACCCAUUCAUUUGCAUAACUCUACAUCAGGCUCAAUUUCUUGUUCACCAUAGUGGAAUUUUACAUGAACUUGCCUGAAGUUAGGGAGGAUAUCUUGCUUGGUUUAUGAAUCUUCAUCCAUAAAAUGGGAAAGCUAUUGCAAGGCCAGGAUGGUAAAGCAUGCUGAGGUUGCUGAACAGAAAUAACCCUUCUUCUCUUCAACUUAUUUCUCCAGAAUGGGAACGUGUUGUGCAACAGAAUAAGGUGCCCGAAUUUGCAUUGCCCCAAUCCAGUGCAUGUGCCGCAGCUCUGCUGCCCACGGUGUCCAGGUAAAGUCUUAUUUCCAGUAUAACAAAGCUCCUUAACUGCACUCAGCUUGGGAUGCUGCUGGGGCAGAGCAAACAGACAAAUUCCCCAUCUAAAAAUAACAAUGGAAUGCUUUCAUGCAGCAAAUGCUGUUAUACACUCCAUUUAUGACAAGAGAGGCCCAUAUUCUCAGGAGAUGACCGGCUGAGGGAGCCUGGAGGGGAGCCUAGCCCUCCCCACAAGCCGUCAGUACCAUUUCUAUAUGGCCUCUGCUCAUUUUAUCAGAGCAAGCUGGCUAGAUAAAUCCCACAUCAAAUAGUGCUGUUCCUCUGUGCAUGCAGAGCACUCAGUUUUUGUUUAUCUGGCACUAUAAUCCACCUUUUAGGUGCUGUCCUGUUUGUCCAAGAAUUGUAUUUUAUUAGAAUGCAAGAGGAGCCUGACUGCAGGAUCAGGCCAAAGGCCCAUCUGGGCCACAUUCAUGCAGCAUACAUUUAAAGUACUAUUGUACUGCUUUAAACAGGCAUGUCUUCUGGGAACUGUGGUUUGCCAAGGGUGCUGAGAUUUGUUAGGAGACCACUAUUCUCCCUCACAGAGCUACAAUCCAUGGAGCUCCCUGUGAAGAGGUAUUGGCUGUUAAACCUCUCUAAGAAUCUAUAUUUUAAAAAACGGGGGCAGGGGGGAAUGGGUGAUGUCACACCAAGGUGAUGUUUGGGUCAGCCAUGUUGAUUCAAAAUGACACCUGGAAUCCAAACAACAGUGACGUUUGCUGCUCCCACUUUAGGAACCCUCAUGCCAAGUUUGGCAAUUAUAUCUUGAGAGGUAGCCAAACCUCCUAUUGUUGGUCCACCAUCUUGAUUCAAAAUGGCACCCAUACAUUGACAUCUCCUUCAUCUUCAUCCCAGGGCCCCUUGUGCAGUGGCAUAGCUAGCCACUCAGGCGCCAGGGGCAGUGCACAUGCCCUGCACGCAGGCGCCACGCACAGGGGAUAGGGCUAGCCACCAACUGGGGGGGCCAAGCUGGGAGAGGGCACACUGCUCCCUGCAGGGAGUCUGCCCGCCGCCUCCCCCUCAGCUGGAGGGCGGCCAGAAAUGAGGCAGUGACUUUGGAGCUCUGCAGGCUGUGUACCACAUGCGUCCCACGUCAGAUCCCGUGCUGGAGGGCGCCCUGCAGCCCCAGUGCCACCCAUAGCGCUCCACCCCCUCCAUUCCCCUUCCUCCACUACUCCCCUUGUGCUGAGUUUUGUGGUGAUAUUUUGAGAGGCAGUCAAACCUACAUCAGAAAACAGGCUAAGUCAUUCCAAAGUGACAUUUUGGUCCACGAUUGUGAUUCAAAAUGGCGCCCAGUGUCCAUAUAUUGCUGGAUGUUACUGGACUACAACUCCCACCAUCUCUGACAAUUUGGCAUGUUGGCUAGGACUGAUGGGAGUUUCAGGUCAGCAACAUCUGGGGAGCCACCCUGCACUGAAGAUGUCAUCCUCGUCCUUGUCCUCCAGUCCCAGGGUCCUGCUCUAAAUCCUACUGGCAGACUAUAUCAAAGGCUGGCCCCAUGCCCAAAUGAGCAGAAAAUUGUCGUUGAAUGGUUGUCUGGGAGAGGCAGUAACCCUAAAUAAAAGCCAUAUACAACUGGAGUCUUUCUUGCAACGUAACAUAGCUUCAUAAUUAGGCUGGGGAACUGUAAAUCAGAGAAGCAGAGAGCUGGUGAUGUUUAUGGCUAUAUAAACUGGGUCAUACGCUGCGUAAUAAACUCCUGCAGACUGUACAUUUAUUAUAUGCUCAUUGUUAAGAACCACUGUACAAUGCAGACGAAGCGAGAUCUCUCUUGGAUUUGUUGCAAAAUUCCCGACAUGGCCUAACGUCUGGCAGGCUUGAUGCUUGGCCUCUGCUCCUGCCACCGUCUCUCCAGCUCCCCGUUUCCAGUUUUAAAAGGGUAUUAGUUACACAGGGUUGCAAAGGAGGUAUUUAUUCAGCAUUCUCCAGAGGGCUACAGGGUUGCUUUGUUGCUGAUAGCAGCCAAUGUAGAACAGGACUGAACACUGGGACUGAGCAGAGGCUCUUGUACCAGUUUAGCAAUUCACGUGAGCAGAAUUUCAUCUUUAUCCACUGAGACCAAAACAGCUGCUCAGGCUGAGCAGAGAGGGGGGCAAUUUUAUUCAGCUUCCUCCUGCCUGUGGGAAGAUCCAUGUGGCAAAGGCAAGCUCUCCCUAGCUAGGCUAAAUAGGUGGAUUCAUGUGGAGCAGCAGUGGGAACCACUUUUGUCCCCAUGGGCCAGGUCCUUAUCAGGAUCUCCCUUAUGGGUCAAAUUUCACAGAUGGGCGGGGCCACGAGCCUAUCAGAAUACCUUUUGCUCCCAUUAGAGAGAAAUCAGGCUUGAAUGGGGAAGGAGAAAGAAGCUCCGCCAUCCCCUUUAAGCCCAAUUUUAUUGAAGUCUUAAAGAGAGGAGACUUCCAAAGGCUUUUGAGAACAUUUGUGAUUCUUCAUCCACCCCUUAAGGUCACAACAAGAUCAGGCUUCACAUGGAUGAGAGGGAAAAGGUUUUGGGAGUCUCUCCAUCCCUCUUUAAGAUCACAACAAGUUUGGGUUUAAAAGGGAAGGGAGGAGACUUCUUUCCUUUUCAGUGUGGAGUUUGGAAACCCAAUCAGAUGAGUGGGGUAUAAACAACAACAAUUACUAUUACUAUUACUGUGAUGAUGACGUGCCCAAGAGCUCCUUGCAGGGAGCUCCCUAGUGUGCCCAUUCACUCUCCUGAGUCCAGCACUAAGAAAGUUUGCGAUCCUGCUUAGUGCUAAGUUUGGGUACUCCAAAGUGUGGUAUGCACAGGGUCUUGCUUAGGAGGCAUUUAUUUGUGGGUGCCUAUCAAUUAAUUGUCUAGUGUUAUGUUGGUCACAUUAUGUUGGUCACAGGCCAUUUGGAAACCUUUUGCCCAUAGCUUCUCAUAAAUAUCACCAUAAAUUUGGCACAUGCCCAUGAAUCAUUAGCUCUUCAUGUAUACUGUCACACAUGGGAUUUAUUAUUAAUACCAUUCAUACUUUUAGAGACUUGCUGUAAGCAUGGUAGGUGUGUUCAGGCUUUCAUUUUUACAUCUGAAAGUAACUAAGUGUUACUAAUCCAACUAACAAACAAAUCUUGGCUGCUUGACAGUGAAGUCAAACAAAUUUCCAACAGGAAUAAAUAAGACCUGUACACAGCAGUCCUUAGCACUGCCACUGGUUCUUCCACCUUCUUUGAUCUCCAGUUAUAUUUGACUGGAUACCACCAUCUUUUGCCAUGUGGGUCAGACCAUCUGGCUCCAAGAACUUUUUUCAGCUUGUGCUCCAGACUAUAUUCAGCCUUCCAGGAACUUUUUAUGAUUAGCUACAUAUUUACGCUCACACUCCUGUGAAUUUAUGGUUUUUCGGGACGUCUCAAGUUCAACCUGUUUUCCUUCUCACUUUUCAGUCCCCCUCCCUUUCAUUCUUCUGCUAUUCCAGUAAGGAAAGAACAAAAAAGCAAGUAAAAGCAGGACAGAUAAGACACAGUUUUUGAUCACCCAUAUAAGGACAAGGAGAAGUUGAGACUGGAUGUAGCAUUUGGUGUUCUUGUUUAACAAAAUGUAUAUACUGCUUGAUUGUGGUAAAACUUCUCAGCAGUUUAGAAGAAAUAUUAAAAUCAUCAAUGAAAUCAGUUAAGAAAAAUGGAAAACCUUUAAAGAUGAUAAAAAAAACCUAUCAAUACCUACGUGUCUGGAUAGACUUGCCUAGACAAAAUUAGUUUCAGCAAUCACUGAAAAGCGUGGUUCUAAAUCAUCCUUACUUUCUCAUCUCCUUGACUGGCAUUUAAGGCCAAACUGGACAUGAUGUGAGUUGCCCAAAUGCAAUUAACAUGCUGUGCCUUGGGUCUAGAGCAGUGUUUCCCGGCUGUUUUCGGACUUCAAUUCCCAUCAUCCCUGACCACUGGUCUUGCUAGCUAGGGAUGAUGGGAGGUGUAGUCCAAAAACAGCUGGAGACCCACAUUUGGGAAACACUGUGAGUCCCACUCUUUCUCUGCCUGCCACAACCCUGGCCAAAAAUUCCCCACAUUGAAUCUGCUUAUCCAUUUCAAAGGCAUUGGGGUCCAUCAGGGGCUAAGAGCAGCUUCCGGUAGGAGUACCCGCAGAGUCAGCCCAGAAAGCUUUUCACUGAGAAGGCUGUCACCUGCAGUUCAGUGACUCACCACAUGGGGUAGCCAUACAGAGAUUCCAGCUCCUGGUAAAGGCAGUAAAUUAGCAGCAUGAUUAUGAUUGCUGCAAUGUUUAAUGGAUUAGUCGCCCUUUGAUUGGAUUGGCUCGAAAGGUGCCCCUCAAGCUGUUAAGGGCUUUAUAUACCAGUAGUAACACAUUGACUUUGGCCAGGUAACAAACUGGCAGCCAGAGCAGCUCUUGAAGCUGACAUGUAAUAUGCUGGCAAGGUUUCACUCCUGCUGUCAAUCUUUAACAACUAAUUUUAGCCACCUACAAGCAGCUAUCUAGUGCAUGUGGCUCCUGCUGUCAUAUGCACUGAAAUCAACAUGGCAAGAUCUGCUGGGAGCAAAUGAUCUUAACGAUGUGCUCUAAGGGGGAAUUUUUUUACAUAUUUCACGUAAACUUCAUGUAUUUUGCAUUCCAUUUGCUCUAAGACUAAAGGGAAAUUGAACAUAAAAUAUGUAUAUAUGCUAAAUACAUAAAUCCCACCCUGAGAGUGACAACACAUCAUCAAAACCUGUCACUCUCAGGGAACUUGCUACAUUGAUUUCAAUGUGUGUCCCGGCAUCAGGAGCCCCAUAAGCUAGCUAGCUGCUCUGGUUGUUGUUGUUGCUGUUGUUUAGUCGUUUAGUGGUGUCCGACUCUUUGUGACCCCAUGGACCAGAGCACGCCAGGCCCUCCUGUCUUCCACUGCCUCCCGCAGAUUGGUCAGACUCAUGUUUGUAGCUUCAAGAACACCGUCCAACCAUCUUGUCCUCUGUCGUCCCCUUCUCCUUGUGCAGGGUCUCCCAACAUCAGGGUCUUUUCCAGGGAGUCUUCUCUUCUCAUGAGGUGGCCAAAGUAUUGGAGCCUCAGCUUCAGGAUCUGUCCUUCCAGUGAGCACUCAGGGCUGAUUUCCUUAAGAGUGGAUAGGUUUGAUCUUCUUGCAGUCCAUGGGACUCUCAAGAGUCUCCUCCAGUACCAUAAUUCAGAAGCAUCAAUUCUUCGGCGAUCAGCCUUCUUUAUGGUCCAGUUCUCACUUCCAUACAUCACUACAAUGGUACUUCGGGGUAAGAACUUAAUUCGUUUCGGAGGUCCAUUCUUAACCUGAAACUGUUCUUAACCUGAAGCACCACUUUAGCUAAUGGGGCCUCCCACUGCCACUGCGCUGCCGCUGCACGAUUUCUGUUCUCAUCCUGAAGCAAAGUUCUUAACCCGAGGUACUAUUUCUGGGUUAGCGGAGUCUGUAACCUGAAGCGUAUGUAACCUGAGGUGCCACUGUACUGGGAAAACCAUAGCUUUAACUAUAAGACAACAGCUGCUCUUGGGGAACAGAAAUCACUUCGUAAAACAGCAAAAGAAGUCAGAUAGGCAGCCUUUAGACAACCUUUUCUUUUCUUACAUAAACGUGUUCCAUGCAUAUUUUAAAGUAUUUAUAUUAAUUUUCCUUUAAAACCUGCAUUGAAAUAAGAGGGUACAAACUUUAGUUCCAUCUCAUGACAAACUGGCUCAAUAUGGAGGAUGCCUUUAGGCCCAUUCCUAGACAAGGGGCACUUUUUACUAGGAACUUAUCACCAUUGGGCACCGACUGUGGCGCACAUCCCAACAGGGGCUCCACCGCUGAUCUCUGGAGCUUCCUGACCCAACUCAUCCUCCUUGUUUUUUCCUCUCUGCUCACCCACCUUCUUGGAGUGGCCAAGCACUGAGAGGAGCAGUGAUUGUGUGCUUUGCUUUUAGUCAUUGUAUGUUUGUCCUUCCAAGCCUCAGCUUAGAAGUCUGUGCGACUGAGAAAAGGAGGUACUUCUUUUAAAUAAUGCAGGCGGCACCAGGAGCUGCUCUUGGGUGGCUUAAAUUGCUUUUUAAAUAUUGCCUACAGGAGUGAGACCCUGCCAGCAUAUUACACCUCUGCCCUGAAAGUGAUGUUGGCUGCCAAUUCAUUACCAGGCCAAAGUCAAGGUGUUAAUGUUGAAAUGUAAAGCCCUUAACAGCUUAAGGGAACAAGCUUUUUUUUUUUUUUAAAGGAUCACCUUACCACAUGUAUGUCCACUUUGAUCUAUAGAACUGGGACUUUUCCAAGUGCCAUAUAAUGUUUGCUGCAAGGCAACAAUCCUUCAGUGUGGCAGCAUUGAUACUGUGGGACUCCUUGCCUUUGGACAUUACAUAGGUGACUUUGCUGUGCUGCUUUUGGUGCAGAGUCUGGGAGCAGCCACUGAGAAGGUCCUCUCCCAUGUCCCCACCAAGCACAUCUGUGAGGGUGGUGGGACUGAGAGGAUGGCCUUCCCUAUCGCUAGUUCAAGGUGGAAUCUUCCCCAUGGAAUCUGCUUGGAAUCUUCUAUGCUCUAGGGCAGGGGUGGCCAACUCCCAAGAGACUGUGGUUAAAAACUGGGAUUCAGGUCAAGGUUGUUGAGCUUUCUUUUAGGGGAGCCAAAGUUGUUGAGCUUCCUUGGGGGAAGCCAGUGAUCUGCCAGUGAUCUGCCACAGACGUCCAGUGAUCUACCGGUAGAUAACGAUCUACCUGUUGGACGUGCCUCCUCUAGGGGCAAAUUGAAAUGGAGGCUUCCUCUUGCUCUCCUUGAAUGAUUUAUUUAGACCACUAUAAAAAGAAAAACACAGGAAAUUAAGCCACAUGUGCACCCACAAACAUUAAACCAUUGAGGAGGAAAAGCUUGAAGAAACCUGAGCAUCAGAACUGAAACGUCACCAAUAACUUGAUACAGUUGGGUUGGCCAAGUCCCGCACACUGGUUUAAUCACUCCAAGCGGUGGGUGAUCUUGCGUGUGCUACUGGCUGGCUGUGUUAAAGGACAAGUUGCUGGAAUAGAUUGGCUUUUGCAAGCUUAACGGAGCCCUUGAAGUUGCUUUCAAAAAGCAUUGGGUAGCAUAAUGUGUUUGACACCUGCGCCUUAAGGCUGCACAUAUGGAGGCAGUUAGCAUCCACAUUUGCAGUUGCUUGAUGCUGGAUCGCUUCCCAAUCCUGUCUCAUUGCUCUCAGCCACUGCUGAAAAAGUAACCCAGUGAGUUGACUCUAGAAAGCAAAUCUUGGGCUCUCACCCAAAUAACUUUGUAUUUUAUUUAAAUAUUAAAUUACAGCAUGCUGAAGGAUUUGAGGCUGGAACUGCUAGGGUUCGAUUUAUCGGCAGAUGGAUUCCCCAUUUGCUUCAAAGCACGUUUAAAUCCUUGGAAAGUUUCCCGUCAGCUUUGAAAAUAACAUUGCCCAGUAGCUCUGAUGUUAAUUAGUAAAAAAACAAACUCCCCUUUUAGAAAAAAAAUCAGGAGUGUUUUUUUCUUUCAUUCGAGGAGUUUAUGCUCCUGGUUCAAAUAUCAUUUCUUCUUUCAGUGUUUAAACCUUUUGCUAUUUUAAUUGUAUUGUCAUUUAGAAAUUUAAAAAGAUUCGUCAGGCAAAUACAAUUUUUCUAGCAUCAGAUUCCUUCCAUUUCCCUGUUACCUCUUCGAAAAGGAUAUACAUUGCAUUUAUCAACCAGGAUUGAAGAAAAUAAAAGUUAGAGUAAAUUUUGAGCAAGUCUGUUCCCUGAGUAAGUCAGAGGAUCAACCAAACCCAUGAACAUCCAACACUCAUAAUACAUUUAUGAAGAUUUGUCCUCAUGGUGGUAUUAUGGUGGUAUAUAGGCGCUCCUGUUUUCAAAAAUGUUUGCAGUGAAAAGGUUUUGGGACAGUAAUGCUGUUUCCUUUUAAGCGGGGCAUGUCCUGCAGUUUUCCUGAAAUGCUGUAACUUUUCAUAACGCAAACAUUCUGAUUUAUUUAUUGUCUCACUUUUGUUGCGCUAUAGUUCAAGAGUCCCUGUCCAGGUAGCUGUAAUACAGUAACAUUGGGGAAGCAUUGCUGAUAAAGCAGAACUGUGUGUGUGAUCCUGUAUAAAUCCACAACUAAUCCACUAUAGUUGUGCCAAUUACAUUGCUGAAUUACACCUGCAAAAAAACCCCUCACCAGUCCGGCGGGUGGGAACUCUACACCUGAGUUGCACUUGCUCCUGUUUGCCCUUGCCUGAGUGCCAUUUUAGCUUUAAAAUAUCUUAAGAGAGGUGUCCCCUGAACCCCAUAUCUAUUUUCACACUGUGCACCAUUUUUGUAUUUCAUAGUAUAGCUCUAUAUGACCCUUUUACAUGUACUGAGUGGCAUGAUUCUGGCUUUCAAAGUGCUGAAUAUUUUAAUAUUUCGUGCAUGAGAUGUGUGGUAGUAAAAAUGCACCAGGGACAUAUAGAUAACAAAAGGAGCCAUCUAGGAUUUAGGAGAUCAAGUAGGCAUGUGAGGCUGUAAGCUGUUUGGAUUUUGUGCAUACUGUACAACACAGAGGUCCUGGCAUUUACUUUUCCUGUUACUUCAGAAGGUGGUUCAAAGGCUUUGAGGUGCCCGCAUGACAAAGUAAAUGGUUCACAGAGCCCUCCAAAUGUCACUGUUUAGCUCAUAUGCCUAAAACCUGAAACCUCUUGCUCCCUUGGUUGAGUGCCCAGCUUAACAAAUGAAGAAGAAGGAGGGGGAAAAAACCCCAAAAAACCCUCAUGCAUUCCUCAGUAGCACAAUAAUUAUGGAGAGUUUCUUUUUACAUGAUUUUAUGCCACUGAUGUAAAAGAACUGCAGUCACCCGUGAAUUCUGGAGGUCAAGGAAACCCAAUUGGGGGGGGGGCAUCUUUUUGCACUGGGCCUCCAAACCCAAUGAAUUCCUUGCAUGCCAACAUUAUUUCAGUUCUAACAAACAAACACUUUGUUCUUAGUGCUACAUAAAGCUUUUAUUUCAAAUGGCUGUGCAUGAAAGCAAACGUAUAAUAUUUCCAGUGUGUAGGGGAGGCUAACUAAUCCUAUGCUCUAGAAGCACAUCGAACAGAAAUUAGGAAACAUAGAAAAAUGCUGUAUACUGAGUCAGACCAUGGGCUAAUCCAACUCAGUCUUGUCUGUACUGAUUGGCAGAAGUUCUCCAGGAUUUCAGGCUGGAAACAUUCCCAGCCAUACCUGGAGAUGCUGAGAUUGAGUAUGAACUAACACAGAGAUUGAGCAUGAACUAGCAAGGAAUAAGUGGCUGCUUGAGGUUAUUAAAACCAGAAUUCUAUUCUGUGACGUCCUCAGAGACACAAACUCAAAUGAACAGGUGGGACGAUUGAACCCCUGGUCCAACUAGCCUUGUAUUGCCUGCUGUGACACACAGUGGUUCUACGACAGAGGUAGCCAAAAUGGUGCCCUCCAGAUGUCAUGGACUACAGCUGCCAUCAGCUCCAGACAUCAUGAACAAUGAUGAUGGGAGCUUUCAUUUGCCAACUUCUGGAGGGUAACACUUUGGCUGGCCUUUAACAAGGGUCUCAAAAGGGGGUCUUUCAUUGCCAUGCUAAGAUCUGUUAAUGAAGCCAGCCUAGUGCAUUUCAACUAUAGCACCCAUCAACCUCAGCCAGCAGGGCCAAUGGACAGGCAUGAUAGCUCAUGGUUGAGGGUUCAAGCCCCAUGCUGGGUGAAAGAUUCCUGCAUUGCUGGGAGUUGGACUAGAUGAUCCUUGUGGUCCCUUCCAACUCUUUGAUUCUAAGAAUUCUAUGAUUCACUUCUUUAAUUUAAUGUGCUUUUUGUCACAAGUGACCUCAAAAAUGCAGUUUACAUUUUUUUUUAAAAAAUCAUAUAAAUUGCAAACCACAGAAUACAGCUGAGAGGGCAGCAAAAUAUAAGCAAUAUCAAUAUAAAUUACAGAACCACAAAAUUAGCACUACAAAACAAAACUGAUUCGAGGCUCUAAACCAUAGUUCCCGAAAGCUAGAAAGAGCAAGCAAACUUCCAUUGAACAUUGAACUCCCAACAGACUUGUGACUAUCCAUGCUUCUAGGAGAGUGUUCCAGAGCUGGGGCACCAGUACCAUAUUAGACCCAUCUGGUUCUUCCGCUUCUCCAUAUGCCUGACAUGAUGGGAGCCAAAGUCCAAAAAUGUCUGGAGGACACCACGCUGGUACCCCGAUUUAGCUGGUGGUGUUCUUCCUGAUUGCCCAAGGGAACCCUGGUUUGAACCCUGGUGCUGGCCACUGUGAGAACUGAGUGAUGGACUAGGUGGGACUUGGCGUGAUGCAGCAGGGUUCUUCUGAUGUUCUUAAUGAAAAUGAGACAACAGAUCUAAGAGAUAAGGCAGUCUAUCUCUGGGGGAUUAAUCUGCCAUUACUACCCUGUUGGGAGAGUUGAGCAGGGAUCCAGGCAGAGCGAGAGCAGAAUGUUCCCUCUGUGAGUUGGGAAGCCCUUCUACCUGCCACACCAGAGGAGACACAUGAGAUAACUUUGUUUUGUAAAUUGCCUCUUCUUCCUGCCCUCUUGCAGAUGAUUCGCUUUUUUCUACUGGCAGUAAGAUAACCCGGAAGUCCUGUGAGUACAAUGGCACAACCUACUACCACGGGGAGAUGUUUGUGGCAGAGGGGCUCUUCCAGAACAGACAAGCCAACCAGUGUGCCCAGUGCAGCUGUUCCGUAAGUCACAUGAUUGUGUUAAACCAGUGUUGUGGCCCAUUCCCUUCAGAGCAACUUUCCAAGGGCUUUGUGCCAAUGGUGGGCAGGGCCAGAGGCAAAUGCAAGCCAAGGAAUUUUAAUUUUACAUUUGCACAGUAGGCUAGUUUCCACUCAUCUCCAUCCAGACAAGCAAGAAGAAUUAUCAGAGUUCAAGGACGCAUUCCAACCAGGCAAAAAUACUCAGGGUACAAAGUUGAACCAGGAGAAGGUGUGUGGUCUGGGGAGAAUUAUUUUCGUGUGUGUGAAAUAUUUUAUUAGUUUUAUAACAGAAUGACAUCAGUCAACUUCAGCAAAACCUGCAGAACAUUACAUUCAAACUUCAGUCACAUCUGAGCACAUAACACCAAUCCUGGCUUGACUGUACCAGCUACCAAUUAGUCUCUGGGCCCACUUCAAAAUGCUGGUUUUGACCUAUAAAGUCUUAUGUAGCUCGGGUCCUCAAUACCUCAAGGACCUUCCCUCCCCAUGUGAACCAACCCAGCCCCUGCAAUUUGUCAUCUGAGGCCUUUCUACAUGCGCUCCUGCUACAGGAGGUCUGGACAGUGGCAAUAUGAGAACCAGGCCUUCUCAGUUCUGCCUGCACACUUGUGGAAUAGUUUGCUGAGGGAAACUCACCUGGCACCAUUGUUGCAUAUAUUCCAACCCAAGACAAAAUCAUUCGUCUUUAAUCAGGCCUUUGGCUUUCAAAUACCUAUGACCUUUUUUGUGGGUAGGAUGUUUAAUGUAGGCUGGUUUUUUAAUGCUGAUUUUAAUGUGUGCAUUUGUUUUUUUGCUUAAAAUGUUGCAAGUCACUUUGAGUUACUGUGGCAAAUAAGUGACUAAUAAAUUUAUUGAUGUUAUUAAUAAUAGAAGGGAAAUGGAGCAGGGACACUGUCAAGUAACUGAAUCAGUGAAUGCAUUGCCAAGGCUUCAACUAUUUAUGACACAGCUUCUCCAGUUGGGUGAGGAGAGCAAUAUAUAUCCUUUGUAAGUCACUUUGAUCUCUGGUUUUGAACCAGUGAGAUUCUUUGCUCCAUUCUCUAUUUUAAAAGAUGAGGUAUCCAACAUGGAACAUUUCUCAGAAAUAGUUAUCAGGUGGGCUGCAGAACCUGUGAUGGAGCAGGCAUUGCCACACUACAAGCCCCAUCAUCCCUGACCAUUGACCAUGCUGGAUGGGGUUGAUGGAGGUUGGUAGUCCAACAUCUGGAAAGCCACAUGUCCCCCAUCCCUGUUUUAAGGAAUUUAUAAUCUUCAAAGAAACUCCAGUGCCCCAUCCCGCCCAAAAGAACUUUUUGAAAGUCACAAGAAUAAGGCAACUGGGCAGUUUCAGCCUGUCACACAUUUCAUAGUGCUGAAGGUAAUAGGUAGGAUGCACCUCUUCCUGCUACUGAGAUUCUCAGUCCUCCUCUACAUCUGAUUAUUUGAGAGGUCAGUGACAUGAGAGCAUUAUGAGGAUUCCAGAGCUUUGAUAUAUAUAGAGAGAGACAGCAGCUCAUCAUUUUAAGCUUUGUUGCAAUUAAAUAACGCUUCAUAAAAGGUAAAGAAUGCGCAUGGGAUUGUUUUGCUGUUAUGGCAACCAUCUGCCAUUUGAAUCUGUGCGCCUGCAUCAUGCACUAACUAGCCCUACUUUUAUCUUUUUGUGUUUGUGUGUGUGUGUGUUUAAUGGCAGGAAGGAAAUGUAUACUGUGGCUUGAAGACAUGUCCCAAAUUAACUUGCACGUCUCCAGUGUCCACACCAGAAUCGUGCUGCCCAGUUUGCAGAGGUAAUAUAUAUAUGUAUGCAAUUUCUUACAUGCCAAGCCCAACCUGCCCAUGUCUUGAAAGAGCUCGACAAUUAAGCAUGGCAUUCAGGCAGCUGGAAUGUCACUGUUUUCUUCAGACACUGAAUUCAUCAGCAUGACUACUGUAGCUGGGGCAGCCUUAUCAGCAACUCCCACUAAGGUAGAAGGAAACUUAGGAACAUAAGUAUAAGGAAGAUACCUUAUACUGAGUCAAACCACUGGUCCAUUGACCUCAGUUCUGUUGACACUGACAACAGCCAGCCAGAGUUUCAGACAGGGGUCUGUUUUGCAACCCUACCUGAAGAUGUUGAGAAAGCUCUAAGCACUGAGCUAUGAUCCUUCCCCUAAAGUUACUUUUACACAGGAACCUGCCUUGCCAAUAAGCCAGACUAUUGGUCCACCUAGCUAAGUAGUGUCAUAGCAUUACAGUGGUACCUCAGGUUACAUACGCUUCAGGUUACAGACUCCGCUAACCCAGAAAUAGUGCUUCAGGUUAAGAACUUUGCUUCAGGAUGAGAACAGAAAUUGCGCAGUGGCAGCAGAAGACCCCAUUAGCUAAAGUGGUGCUUCAGGUUAAGAACAGUUUCAGGUUAAGAACGGACCUCCGGAAUGAAUUAAGUACUUAACCCGAGGUACCACUGUAGAUAACUGUAGAGUUGGAAGGCAUCCCAAGGGUCAUCUAGCCCAACCCCCUGUAAUGCAGAAAUCACAAUACUUAGUUGUCAACACAGUUUCCUAGGAAGAGGAAUUGAUUGGCAAAACAACUUUGGGACUUGUAGCUCUGUGACGGGAACAAGGGUCUGCCAACAACUCUCAGCACCCUUAACAAAGAACAGCUCCCAGAACUUUAGGGGAAGCCAUGACUGUUUAAAGUGGCACACCAGGUUGGUGUGCUUUGAAAUCUGCAAGCACUUCUAGUCAUCAGAACUAGAUGCAGAAGUGUGUGGCCCAAGUCCUGAUAUUAAACCUGAGCCUGGAAACCAUGAAGACCUGGAGCCCCAGAACCCCAGAAACAUGCCAAAAGUCAAUUCUCUUAUUCAACAGUGAGGCUGAGGCUGUUUCAGAAUUUAGGACAGUUCUGUUUCCAGUUUAGUUAAACAGUAGAAAGCUCCAUAGAGAUGUCCUCAGGCUAUCAUUUGAAUAUAACUCCUCCAUGUUGAUAUCUUCACUUUCAAUACACACAGGGACAUCAGGGUGGGGAUCACAAAUGGCCCCAGUAAUUCUUGACAUCAUUGUCUCUUGACUACAGGAGACAGGGAGUCUUCGUGGGACAACUCGGAUGGUGACAUCUUUCGGCAACCAGCCAACAGAGAAGCUGUAAGUGAAGUCCAUGAUCUCAUCAAAAGAAACAGAACUUUCCUACUGAGUUGUGCACACACCCAAGGCUGUUGUGUGUUUUGUUCAUUUCACACCCAUCCUGUUUCAAAGGGGGAAUUUCUUGCAGAUGUUUUCAUAGUAGUGAGACUUAUCUUUAUGAUUGAAAUGUCCUCUGGUAGUUGAAGCAUGGACUAAAUUGAUAGAAAACUUAAAGCUCGUUUUGAAGCUCACUGGCUUGAAACUGGAAGAGGCCUGGCUUUCUUUUCCUGGAAAAAAAAGACAAAGAAAAUCUAUCAAAAAAAAUUUAGCCCAUGAAUAGUUGAAAUGCAAUCAAGGGCAUGAGUAUAUCUCAUGUAUCUGGGGAGGAGGGAAGGGGAGAAAACAUCCUUUGUUUAAGAAAAAGAAUUAGCAGUGAAGGAAACAUAAACAGUUGCUUAUUUUCUGUGGUUGGAGUAUACUGAAUUGCUAAUCAGAACAGCGUCUAUAUCCAUUUCUGUGGCCACUGAAUCAGCAAGCGUUUGGGGAGACUUUUGGGGUGGAGUGCAGCGGUAGAGUGAUAAAUUUCAAAGGUCAAAAGCAGAAAAUGGAACAGACAGCCUCAGAAGGUGGUGGGCUCUCCUUUGUCAGAGGCUAUUAAACAGAAACUGGGUGGCCACCAAUCUGUGAUGUGGUAGCAGCAGAUUUUCUGCAUUGGCAGAAAUGCAGGAGGUGGGGGCUAGGUGGCAUUCCAAGUACUUUCCAACUUCAUGACUCUGUGUGCAGUUGGGGACAGGCUGAUCUUAGGAUUGGAAGUGGUUCUUCAGGAUUUUGGAAUAAGGACCUUCCCAGCCCUACCUGGGGACACCAGGGAUUGAACUUGGAACCGUCUGCAUGCAAAACAGAUGCUCUACUAAUGAGCUGUUGCUGUUCCCCUUCCUGUGUUGGCCUUCUUGCUGAGAUGGAGGUAGCAGAACUCCCCAACAGCUCUUUGACCUCUGGCCAGUGAUGAUAAAGAAUGCUUCCCCAACCACAGCCGCAGGGCUACAGAAGUUUGGAGCAAAGUCCUUGCUCGGAGUGUGUAUAUCCAACUCAUUCUGAGGAACUAAAUCUGGGUCUGUAAUGAUUUUGGUGUCUGUAUUAUGAAACCAAACUGUCAGAUAUUCAGUCCAGCAGAACUGAUUGUUACAACAGAGUAAUUUGAAAUGAAAGCUCAGUAUUUUGAAAUGUGAGGAGCAAAACCUAACAAAAACAAACAAAUGCCUCUGUGUGUGUGUGUGUGUGUGUGUGUGAAAGAGAGAGGGGGGGUGAGGGGGGGUGGAGAGAAUGAAUGUUUUCGUUGCUCAAAAUAAUGGCUGUAAUCCAAAACAGAUUUAGGCAAACCUAAGUCCACUAGAAUCAAUGGACUCAAGUGCCCUCAACUCUGCAAGAAAUGGAAAGGAACCCCAAAUUACUACCUAAUCUGACAAGGGGGAGAAUCUGACAACCCCGUGUGUUAGAGCAAAUAACUGAUCCCUGCCCUGGACUCUUUUUUGUCUUUUAAAAAAAUGCUCAUACCAUCUCCCAGCUGCCACCAUCUCCUCCACCCAACAACACCAAUGAAGUUAGAACAGUUUCCAGGACAUUACCAGGAAGAAAUGAUCACCAUUUUAAACACACAAAAAACAUGGAAGAUUCUUCAUUGGCCAUUUGGGUUGGCCACCAGUACUGCAUCACCAAACCAUAAACCCUAUUGGGACUUGCCAGACAAUACUUUAUCGAGAGCUCCUGUAACUCCAGAGCCAUCCCUAUGUGAUAUUUAGAGCUUUAGCAAAAUGCAUUUGUGAAGUAUCUAUGACAGUUAUGGGCAAAAUCAUCAUAGGCUGAGAUUUAGGUGUGUUAGACUCCAUCCAUAGGAAAGCACUUAUGAAAGUAGCUUGUUGUGUGCUAGCCUAUGCAUAUGGUAGCCUUGCCUGGAGAUAAGUAGGGCAGGCAGCUGCGUUAUUCUUCCCUGAAAAGCUUCCCAACAUCCCCAAAAGUGGAUUAUGGUUGAAGUCCAAGAGAAGAAGAGGUUGUACUUAUUCUGUACUAACGGUAUUGGUGCAUGGGUAGGUGCAUACCUGUGGCCCUCCAGGUAUAGCUGUUGUUAGUGUUUAUUUAUUUCGCAAGAUUUAUAUGCCACUUGAUUGCAAUAAAACUUCAAAGUAGUUUGCAAUAAAAUGUAUUAAGAAAAUCAUGAAAAAAAUAAAUAAAUGGAACAGUUAAAAACAACUGUUUAAAACAUUCAAAACAUAAUUAAAAUCUGCAAUAAGCUAAAAACCAGAUUAAAACAUGCGUCAGUCUUCUACAGGGAAAUGAUCAGAAGGCCUUCUCGGUAGUGGCACCCUUCCUGUGAAACGCCCUCCCUUCAGAUGUUAAGGAGAUAAAGGAUUACACAACUUUUAGAAGACAUCUGAAGGCAGCCCUGUACUGGGAAAUUUUUAAUGCUUGAUGUUUUUAGAUGGGCUGUAAGCCACCCAGAGUGGCUGGGAAAACCCAUCCAAAUGGGCGGGGUAUAAAUAAUAAUAAAAUCAUCAUCAUCAUCAUCAUCAUCAUCAUCACCAUCAUUAUCAUUAUUAUACAUCUAGGUAUGCUUGCUGAAGCAAAAAUGUUUUAGCAGGCACCAAAAAGAGUACAGUGAAGACAUGCUGUUUAUGUGAAGACAUUUCCAUUUAGCAUCUUGAUGUUGCUGGACUCCAAUUCCCAUUAGCCCCAGCCAGCAUGGAUCCUUGCACAAAGCCUGCAAGGAGCUCCGAUUGUACCCAGUCUUUCCCAAGCAUUUGUUAUGUUUUGUUUGCUGGGAGGUUUUUCAACAAAGCAAAUUCAUCCAGCAUUCAUCCUGAUUUACUUAAGUGGCAUUUAAACUUCUUCCCAUUAAUCAUUAGUUCACCCCACACUUCGCAAUGCCUUUCCCCAUUACUUUCCUAACUGCAAAGUCUGUUUCUUUUGUGGAAUGGGUUUGUCAUGCUAGGGCAACUGAGCACAUUAAUCCACUUUAAAGGCACAAGCCUAAAGUUCCUUCCUGCAAAAUACCAACAGUCUGGAGGCACCCGUGGACAGAGCUACCCUCAUGGAAUGUGGUCCUGACAACAGAGGCUCCAUAACAGAGGUCAUAAGAUUGUUCUUCUAAAACCUUCAGUCUCAUGAAGCUCUCCUAUUCCUGUUCUCAGAGGGUUUCUCUCUCUCUUUCUCUCUCUUUCAUGCAGAGGCACUCUCCUCAUCGCUCCCAUUAUGACCCUCCACCCAGCAAUUCCCGACAGCCAGCCAGCAUUCCACGGGCCCCUGGUGGCAGAAGUAACAGAGGAGCCCUGCCAGAUAUGCAACAGGCCUCUGGGACUAUUGUACAGAUUGUCCUCAACAGCAAACAGAAGCAUGGGCGAAGUAAGUGGAUUUAUUUAUUUAUUUAUUUAUUUAUUUAUUUAUUUAUUUAUUUGUAAUUGUCUUCUUAGAGGGUUUGGAGGAAAGAACCCAGCACCACUUACACACAGCUCAGAAGGCCCCAGAUUCAAGUCUGUGGCUGGAGGAGCUCCUAGGCCAGGCUUCCUCAACCUCGGCCCUCCAGAUAUUUUUGGCCUACAACUUCCAUGAUCCCUAGCUACCAGGACCAGUGGUCAGGGAUGCUGGGAAUUGUAGUCUCAAAAACAUCUGGAGGGCUGAGGUUGAGGAAGUCUGUCCUAGGCAAUCUCUGGGAUUCCUGCACAUUUUAUGGAGCUUCUACAAACACCUUUGGUAGCUUGCUUUUGCUGACUUGUGAAAGUAUUUUUGUUUCUCCAGCUUAUUUUUAUUUUAAUCACUUUUUCUCUCCUCAGCAAGCCAUGCUGCACUUUUACCUGGAAAGUUUCAGGGAGGGAUGGGGUCCUGAGCUAGGUGGAGCAAAGAGUGACUUACACUAGUCAGGAGUGGUGCCUUGUUUUCUCAAAUAUCAGUCAGGUACAGGGAGAAGGAGGGGGGACUUUAAUUUUAGUAUAUGUAUUGUUUUGCUUACAUUUAUAUCCCACAUUUUUCCAUCACAGAACCCAAAGCAUGUGGUACCCAGUAGUCAAAAGCCCAGGCACUGACCAGACCGAGGGAGCAUCUGCUUUGCAUGCAGAAGGUUCUAGGUUCAAUCCCCAGCAUCUCUAAGUAGAAUUGGGAAUGCCCUCUGCAUGAAAUGCUGGAUAGCUGCUGCCCAUCAGUGUGGACAGUACUGAGCCAGAGGGACCAAUGAAUCUGAAUCAGCAUAGGUUCCUAUGCUAUGCCUCUUCCAGUUUGCACAGCUUCAGCAAGGUGGUAGGAUUCAUACAGUACUGCUGCAGAAAUACAUGUGAAAUUACUGAAGGCCAUUUCACACCAUCAUCGCCAACGGUCCAGUGCAUCAAGUGCAGAGAAGGCCCACAUGCAUGUACAUCACAUGCGCUUGAUUCCAGCAGUAUAUCCACCCUUUUUAUGGGGGAAGAAUUUGCAGGGAGUAGACACAAACCCCAUCAGAUCUAUGCCCACACAAAUACUGUGUCAUGUGUUACAUCAUAAAUGCAUUAUUGUUGUUGUUUGUUGGGCAUCAUCAGUGUGCAUGGCACUUUACAAAGAAUAAGAGGGGAGGUCCCUGCCUCUAGGACCUUGCAAUCUAAAUUUCAGCACAGGGGGAGAAGAAGAUGGAAGUAAGGGUAGAUAGGGAUAUAAAUUUCUACCCCACUCCACCCCCAUUACAUGGGCUUAAGCUUGUUACAGUUAGGGAGGGUUAAGCAUUCUCUUUCUGGUUUUUCAGAUAUUUUCAUUCCCUAAGUCUGUUGCAUUCCAUUUCUGCAUGAAUCUGCUACUUUAAAACAACAACCCUGCAUUAAAAUUGGUAUUACAGUAUGUACUUUUUGAAGAAUCUUCACAAAAAUAUGCAUUUAUAACCAUGUUUUAUCCUAAAACAUGCAUUUUUAUGUGCACCUUAGUACUGUACCUAGGAGUGAAGGAGAAAUUUGAUUCUGUUUUGCAUUUAAAGGUAGAGCCACCAAAUUCACACUUUCUUAAGCAAUAUACAAACCGAAAAAGAACUGUCCUCCAAAACGCACACUUCUCCAAAUUUUGCAUUAUAUUAGGAGAAACAGUUCUGCAAAAAAAGGUGUAUAUUGAGUCAAAUCACAUGCAAAUAUGUGUAUCUUCCAAUGAAUUCACACUAAAAUCCUGGUGAAUUUUCAUGAGGACAUUUGAAAAAGAAUUCACAAACUGAUAUGGAAAUAUAGCGAACUGAAUUUAAGGCUGCAAAAAUGAGAAAGUGAAAGAAAGCCAAAUAAAGAGGUUCGUAAGAAGAUAAGAUGAACCUUGUAGACCAGCCCAGUGGCCCAUCUGGUCCAGCAUCCGAUUCUCACAAUGGCCAGGCAGAUGCCUGCAGGGAGCCUGCAAGCUGGACAUGAGCAAAACAGCAACUCUCUCCACCUGCAGUUCCCAGAAACUGGUAUUCAUCCAUUUCUAACUGUGUCACAGGAUAACCACAUUCCAAUCUGUAUAUUAGUUUGCAAGGUGCAGAUCAGAAGUCAUGCAGAAUGAAUUCUGCAAGCAUCCUUAGUUAGAGCAGAGCAAGGGCAGCCAACGUGGUGCCCUCUAUAUGUUGGACUGUGCCUUUCAUUUGCCCUGACCAUUGGCCAUGCUGGAUGGAGCAGAUGGAAUUGGAAUGCCAACAAACUAUCUGGAGGGAGCCGUAUUGGCUACCCCUGCAGCAAAAUGUGCAGACUAAAGGAUGGUGCCAAAGCUUUAAUCACACACACACACACACACACACACACACACACACACACACACGAAGCAGAACCCUCCCCCCAACUUAUGCAUAGGAUUUCCCACUAGUGAUUGUGUGAAUGAGCCUGGAGGUUUGCAAAGUGAAACCCAAAAGGGUAGUAAAAAGGUUUUGAAGUAGAAAAAGCUGUUCUGCACAAAGCCAACAGUCCACGGGCUCUCAAAAGUGGCCUGCAAUAUGGUAAAAGCCUUUGAUUUAUGGCCAGCUAAUCUUUCAAGGUAUUAACUAACUGAAGGAAUGUUGGCUAUAGAGUCUAUUAUCCACCUGAACAAUCAUGGAAUAACAUUCAGCUCAGGCCGAUGUUUCAUGUUGGAUCUCAAAGCAAGAAAUCCCCACACGCUGCAAUGUCUCCGACCUCCAGUUCACACACGAAGAUAUCAUCAAAGCAAUUUCUAACUGAUUUGCUUCAGUACAUAAAAAGCCUCCAAAUGAAUAGCACAUUUCCCAUGCACGAUACCACAUCAAUGGGGGGGCAGUUUUGGGGGGCUUGUAUGUGCUUCUCACAGAGUCCAAGAUUCCCUCCCCACCCCCAGAUGGAAGCAAGAAUGCUGAUGAGGUCUUUUCCUUUUGUUCUAUGCAAUUAGUGUGAGUGUUAUUAAUUAACUGGAGAGGUAACUUCAAAAAGGUCAUGGGCAUGAAUGCCAUAGGAUUCGAGGUUCUUAUGGCCCAUUGUAAAUGCAGACAAAGGGCUCCACUUUCUACAGGCACCCACCCUAUCUAGCGAGAGAAGGGCAUGCCAACAUCAGUGCUCCCCCUUCCUCCCCACUUCCAACAAUGGUUUUUGGAAGUUGCCCAGAAUCUUGUUUUUAAAAAAAUGCAGGCAUCUGUGCUGGGGUAUUUGUGGAACAGGGAAUCCAAAUAGAAGCAGUAGUAGUGGUUGAGAUGUCAGAUUUUAUCUGAGAACUAAUAUUGAAAAAGAUGGACUGGGGGGUCCAAAGUAAGUCUGAGAGCAGCACCCCUAAUUUAGGAACAUACAAGGGGAAGGUAAAAAGCUAACUGCGAGAUAAGGAUGUCAAAUAAUUCCAAUGAAAAUAGAAAUGGUAGUGGAGAUUACUAAUGUUUACUUAUUCAUGUACACAACAGAAAUCAAACCAAUGAAUAUGAUUAGUAUUCACUGUUGUUGCUGCUGCUGCUUCUUUCGAUCUGCAAAUAAUACAUCAUUGAUUAUGUAUUGUCCUCAUUUGCAUUGCAUUUCCUUUGCAUGGAAUAACAUAAUAACUGACAUAUUGAAUUGAAUAAAUUAUGUAAGUUACAUACUUACGCCACAGAAGAAUGUGAGAUAAAUAGCAUCAAUUCUGGCAGAAGAUGAACUGCAGCAUAGUGGAAACAGUUCUGCUAGCGAUGAAUAAAGGGCAGAAUAGAAAAUGAUGCCUUCUUACAUCCCUUGUGUCAGACUACAUCCUUUGCAUGCAGAAGCUUCCCAGCAUCUCCAGAUUUGAGGGUGGAAGCGAGACCCCUAUCUGAAACCCUGGAGAGCCACUGCUAGUCAGUGUUGAAAAAUUAUGGGCCAGGUUGACCAAUGAUCUGAUUUGGAAUAAGGCAGUUUUCUAUGGUUAUUUGGUGGUGAUAGAAUGUAUACACUUGAUAAGAGUCUCUUGAAACUUUUUUUAGUGGUCACCUCUAGCUGGCAGAGAAAUGGAGGCAGCUGUAUCAGCCGACAAGCGAGCAAUUGCUAUUAAGCCUGUGCAAAUAGAUAAGACAUAUUGCUAUCUACUGAUUGGUUGGCUACUUCAUCCAGGGGAAAGAGGGGAUAGAACAUCUCAUUGGGUGAGAGGCUCCCCUUUGAAGUCACGGUCUUAUUGUCACACAUUUGGCGCCAAACGACACAACUCCAGAUUCCUGAAAUACCAAAUCAAUGACCAUGAAGUUCAUUGCAGAUGUUUAGAAAGGUCUGAAAGGCACAUUUGGAUGCCAGCCAGACAAAUUUGUUACUCGGCUUGGGUUUGUAGACUUCUCACAGCUAGAUGUGCUUGGCUUUUUCAAGUCCUAAUGCAGAAAGUAUUGCUUUAAUUAUUAUUAUUUAAAUAGAGACACUUUUAGGUUGCAGUCUUACACAUGCUUGGGCUGCAAUCCCAGCCGUACUUACCUGGCAGAUAACCACAUUGAAUUCAGUGGGACUUAAUUCUGAGUAGACAUGCUUAGGUUUGCAGCCUUACUUGAGAGUAUUUAGUGAGUCUUACAUUUGAGUAGACAUGCACAGGCCUGCAGUGUUAAACUUUUAUGGAUCUCCUAAACACACAUGCAUACUGUAUGUGUUUAGAAGAUAGCACUGUAUUAAGCAUUAGAACCUACACAUACCUUUAAGAUUACUAGUGACAUAUAAAACUGCAACAAAAUGUUGCUGUGUACCUCCUCACCUCCUAACAGGAGUGCUCCUGUUUGGAAUCCCAACCUGUCGGCCAUGUUAGAGGCUCAGACAGGGCAUUUGGCUCCCCCCCCCCCCACUGACUUUCAGCAUUACAUGGCUAUUGAGCAUGCUCAGUUCUCAAUGGUCGGUUGUGUGUUUUGUUUUUAAGCGGUUGCACCAUUGGCUUUUUAUUUGCAGACCAUAUAUGUAAAGGAUGUGUGCAAUUGUGAAGAGAUCCUAGAGCACGGGAGGCAGAUUAAGAGUAUAUGGCUAAAAAUUGUAGGAGAGGGAAACAAUGUUGACCUUAACCCUACAGACCACCAAGCCAGACUGAAGACUUGGAGCAGAUUACCAAACAUUCAAAAAGGAGAGAUAUAGUAGUCGUAGGAGGCUUCAGCUGCCCCAAUAUCUGUUGGAACUCAAACUCUGCCAAGAAUGUAAGGUCAAACAAAUUCCUCAAUUGCCUCGCUGACUAUUUCAUUUCCCAGAAGGUGAAAGAAGCAGCAAGGAGGUCUUGGACCUGAUCCUCACCAACAGGAAGGAACUGAUCAACAAAGUGGAAGUACAGGGAACCUUGGGAGGAAGUGAUCAUGUCCUUCUGGGUUUCAUUAUACAGUGGCAAGGGAAAGCUGAGUGUAGUGAGACAUGCACACUAGAGUUUAAGAAGGCUGAUUUCAAAAAGCUUUUAAGGGACUAUUGGUUGAGAUUCCAUGGUCAGAAAUGCUCCAAGACAAGGAAGUCCAAGAGGGAUGGGAGCUUCUUAAAGGUGAAAUAUUGAAGGCACCAAGGCAGUCAAUUCUAACAAGAAAGAAAAGUGGGAGGCAUUUAAAGAAACCAGUGUGGCUGUAGCUUAAAGAUGAGCUGAGAAUUAAGAAGGGCAUGUAUAAUAAAUGGAAAAAUGGGGAAACCACGAAGGAAGAGUAUACACAAGUAGCCAACAGUUGCAGGGAGAAGGCUUCUCAAAAACAAAUCAUGCAAGACAAAACUCAGUUCUUUUUUUUGAUAGAAUUAGAAGCUUGUUGGAUCAGGAGAAUGCUGUGGAUGCAAUGUAUCUUGAUUUCAGUAAGGCUUUUGAUAAAGUCCCACACAAUAUUCUUGUGAUGAAGUGGGUAAAAUAUGGGCUGGUAAAAUGUGCCAUGGUUUUUGAGUAAUUAAUGGGCAAGAUUGUGGUUACUUUAUCCCUAUUGCAGCUAUCUAAGUUCUACUUGUUUUGUCCUCCCCUCCCCCUCAUUUUUCACCACAGUUUGUGUUUCCAAUGGAAAAACCUACUCCCACGGAGAAUCCUGGCACCCUAACCUUCGGUCCUACGGAAUCGUGGAGUGUGUGUUGUGCACCUGCAACAUCACCAAGCAAGAAUGCAAAAAAAUUAAUUGCCCCGAUCAAUAUCCUUGCAAGCAUCCAAGGAAAAUUGAAGGGAAGUGCUGUAAAGUCUGCCCAGGUAUGGAUAACAGGUUGCUUUGGGUUUAAAAGGGCAGCCCACAACCCCAUUCUCAGACCCUGAGUCUUUUAGCAUCUGUGGAACGGGGCACAGGGGAACAGCCACAACCUGGCAGGCAUUUCAGUCUAACCUAACCCUAACCUACAACCUAGGAUUGUUGUCAGUCUAAUGGGGAGGGGGCAUGGAAUCCUUGGAGUAAAUGAGAGAAUAAAAUGUAAUAAGUAAAAUAUGAAUGCAUCGACCUAUUUCCCUUAUAGAUGAAAUUGGAAGUCAGAACCUUGACAGCAAAGACUACUUCUGUGGUGAAGAGAUGCUCCCUGUCUAUGAAGCUGUUCUCUCUGAGGAAGGAGAAACCAUACGUAAGAUAGCGCUGGAGACAGAUCAACCACCGCAAGUCAAAAUCCACAUGUGGACCAUUAGAAAAGGUGAGCUGAGAACAUUCUCUUUCCAUCAUCAAGGUGUGUGUUUCGGGGGGGGGGAAUGGAUCUGUGUUACCAUGCCUACUCAGAAGUUGUACUGAAUUCAGUGAGGCUUACUCCCAAGCAAGUGGGUUUUGGACUUUAGGAUUAAAGCAAACAAAAUGGAGUCAAGUAUUUUUAAGAACUUAAAGCAGAGCUUGGCAACCUGUGGUUCUCAGCCUUAUUCUAUGCAGAUGAUAAGGAAUGGGGGAAUUGGGAAGAAAGGGAUAAAAGGAAUAGCAGAAAGUGAGGGAGACUGAGAAGGGAGAGAGAGAGAGAGAGAGAGAGAGAGAGAGAGAAAGGGUGUGGCAGGAAGAGAGGGGAGGAACGGGAGUAGCAAAAGGAAUACAUUUAGGACAAUCCAUUAAAGGGGGGAGGAGAAAAUAAAACAGUAAAUAAGACAAGAUGCUAAGAAGUACCUCCCCAGAAGACUGCCAUGCCUAUGGAGAACAAUUUGAGAAAGGCAUUCUAUCUAGUAUCUAGGUCGGAGUUUGCCAAACGGAGUUUGCCUAGUAUCUAGGCCGGAGUGUGCCUGCCAGUACCUCCUAUGAUACCUUCAAAAGGUUUCAGUAAAUAUCCCCUUAAAAAUUCACAUCAGAGGAGAGUCUGCUUGUUCUUCCUGCUCAGUUCCUCUUUGCACAGGCUCAGCCUCUCCUACAUUGGAUAUUGCCCCUUCAACAUACCCAUGUUUCAUUUGAUGCCCAGUUCUAUUCUGAGCAGAGAAGAGUGUAAAGAGCUUCUCUAAACGAACAAGCAUGCUGGUGGCUCAUGUAGGUGCUUUCUCCCCCUACUGAUGCAGCAUUUUGUGGUCUCCUCUCUCUUUAACAGGGAUCAGCCAUUGUGGUAUGUCCCUUCAACAUCCAUGUGAGAUAAUUCCUGCACAGCAGCAAUUCUGUGAUGGGUCCAAAACGAUUGCCCUCUGGUUCAAAAUUUUUGGAAACCCAUGCUCUAGGUUAAUGUCUCUCCACUCCCCCUGCACCACCUCCAAAUGUGAUAUAAAAACAAGUUUCUGCAUCUGGCACUAACCCCCCCCCCACAAAAAAUGAGUUGUGUCCCCUUAACUACUUUAUUCUGACACAACUUUUCAUGGGCAAACAAAGGUAGGCACUCUUCAAAGUCUACUUGGUUGUUGUUUGGUAGGCUUGUUGGUUUUUACAAGGUACACAGGGUUGUUUUGAACCCCUGUAUGUUUCGACUUUUUUCUUACUUGUUAAAACAUUUUAGCAGAAAAUAUGCAGACCUGCUCCCCCAGCCCACAAUUGAUAAGGGAUUUACUUUUAGUCAAGCCAGAAUGAGCUGAAGCUUUGUGGAUAAAGUGAGGAAAGCAUGUUGUCAGAUCUGUCUGUAUAAGAUUAUUCUUUUUUGACGCUGGAGCAAAUGGAAACAUUUAGAGCCUGUUGAAAAUCCUGAUAAUUACUGGUGCCCAAUUGCUGCACAAUAUGGUGCAGUUCGCUGGUGGUUCAAGCUGUGCAAUCAAGUUGUGCAAGGCCUGGUGUCAAGAAGCAGAAGGUGGUUCUUGAGUGUGUUCUUCUAACCAUUUGCUGCAGGUAUCCUGAGCCACUUUGACAAGCAAACAGUAUCCAAGGAUGAGUUCAGCGAACUACGCCACUUCAAGCAGAUCACAAAGACCACUUUGAGUAAGUCAAACGCCUUCUUUGAUUUUUCACAAAAACUUAGUUGUGAAGAAAUACGUUCUCCAACGCACACAUACACACACUCCAUACGCAGAGCGUAGACCUUUAUGUCUUCAGUCUGUCCCACUGGUCUCAAUGUGUGCGUAGGGUUGCAUCCUCAAUUUACUAAUUGGAUUAAUUGUACUGUUGUCUCUGAGACGUUUGGAUCUGAUCAUUUCGGAACAUAAAGCAAAAUGAUUGUGAUAGACGUUUAUAUAGGGCUGCCAUAUUUCAAAAAGUGAAAAUCUGGACUUAUAGCAGCCCUCAUUUAUAAAAUUAUGCAUGGCAUGGAGAAAGUGGCUAGAGAAAUGUUUUUCUCCCUGUGUUGUUACACUAGAACUUGUGGACUUCCAAUGAAGCCAAAUGUUGGGAAAUUCAGGAAUGACAAAAGCAAGUACUUCUCCACGUAGCACAUAGUUGAACUAUGGAACUCGCUUCCACAGUAAGAAGUGAUGGCCACCAUCUUGGAUGAUUUUUUUAAAAAAGGAUUAGCCAAUUUCAUGGAGGAGAAGGUUAUCAAUGGCUACUGGCCAUAGUGGAGAUUCCAUAGUUGAAGGCAGUAAUGUGUCUGAAUACCAGUUGCUAGAAAUCACAGCAGGGGAGGGUGCUCUUGUGCUUGAAUCCUGAUUGCAUGCUUCGCUGGUCACUGUGAGAACAGGAUGAUGGGUCAUUGAGGAGAUCCAGCAGGCUCUUCUUGUGUGCUUAUAUGAAUUAGCACAUCAAGCAAAUUAACUUCACUUGCCAAUGUCUCGAUAAAGGGUGCUUCCACAUUGUCACUAUUUUGUGGGCAAAAUUUAAGCACGUAUCAGAACUUUAGAUUUCCACAGUUAAAGGCUUUGUUACCCUAGCGAAACAAAGCCACUUAAAAAAAAAAAUCUGACUUUUUGCAGUUUAGAAAGUGAGACAGAAAUGGAUUAGAAAGUGUGAAGUGAACAAAUAAUAGGAAGACCUAUAAACACCCUCUGAGCAAGUCAGGAUGUCCUUUGUCAUAUAUUAACAAGGCAAACAAAUCAGAAUGGGUGCUCGAUCUAGAUGAGAUAUAAUCUAACUUCCACAGAAGCUUCCUGCAAGCAAAUCAGGGUGGGUGCCAGUGCCGGAUUUAUGUAUGGGCUAAGUAGGCUGAAGCCUAGGGCCUCUAGAUCUAGGGAGUCUCCCCAGCUUGCCCACCCCCCAGCAGGCAGUUUGUCCUCUCCCAAAAUUGCAAACCCAAGACUUCAUGUGAGGGCAGGGCAGCUCAGGCCCAGCAACUAUGAGACUCAGGGCCAGCCAGUGGGACCCUAUUUUUUGACCCAUGUGCUAGGUCAUUUUCACAAGGUCAGCAAAGCCCUUCAGAAAUCAGACCUGUUAUUGAGUUCUUGUGCAAGUUUGUACAGUUCACUUCUGGAUUUUUAAAGGAAAACUAGAGAAGAUUUUGAUGAGCUUGAGAAACAAGCAAAAACCACCUUGCCAAAUGUCAACUACAAAACAAGGAGACAACGAGUAAGGGAAUGGCAAAGAAAUGACAGAAGUGCACCUGGUGCCUUAGAUGCACAUUCUUCAAGAGAUAAGUUUAGGAUAAAAUCCUUAAUUCCUAUAUUAGAUGCACUUGAAGCCAUUUUAAAAAGAAGAAGUACUGUGUACAGUGAUAUUGCACAAGUGUUUUCCAUUCUUGCUAAUCUGACAGCAUCUAAGCAAGAAAUUCAGCAAGGUGUUGAACUGUUGAUGAAAGCAUACCCAGAAGAUAUUGACCUCAAACUUCUUGAUGAACUUUGCACUUUCACCUGUACAUGAGACAAAGACAUAGGCUUACAGCAGAGCACUCUCUGUCUCAUACAAACCUUUAUCAAAUUAUAUACAAGAAAAAAAUUCAGAUGGCCUUUCCUAAUGCAGAAGCAAUCUUGUGGCUAUUUCAUAGCUUUAUGGUCACUAACUGCUCAGGAGAGAGGAGUUUUUCAAGACUCAAAAGGAUUAAAAAUGAAUUAUGGGCCACAAUGUCUCAAGAGAGGUUGUCCGCACUUAGCAUUAUGUACAUUGAAAGUGACAAACUUAGACAUACAAAUUUUGAUGAAGUUUUGGAUGAUUUUGCUAUAAGGAAGGCUAGGGAGGAAACAUUUUUAGUCAUACUGUAUUUGAUGGUUGUAGUUUACUUCUUAAUAUGUAUUUUAAAACUGACUGUUUAAUGACAACAUAAAGUAGAUUCUAAAAGUGCCACAUUGUCAGGUAACCAUGAUCAUAUUAUUUACAUUUCCCAGGCAAUAAAAUUUGUAAACUCAAUGUGUGUUUUACAACUUCAUUUUCCUAAAAAAUAAUGCUUAUUCCACAAAAGUUCAGUUAUUGCAAAAGUUUUUCAGUGUCAGUUUUAACAUUUACGCAUUUUUAAAAAUCACUGUGGUAUUAAACAAUAAUAUCUUAUGUCCUUUAGAGGAGAAAUUGUGAAUUGAAGAAUUUUAAAUACCCAUCAUCAUCCUUGGCUUCACUCAAUUUUGUUUAUAACACUUCCGUUUCUUCUAGUCAUGAGGGUGGGGGAGGGGCUCACAAGUGGAGCAGCCUAGGGCCUGUCUUCAUCUAAAUCUGGCCCAGAUAAACAGGUUGUCUAGAAAAGCCCACAAUCUGACCAUACCAAGAAAAAUUCCAAGGCAGCAACUUUUGAAAAUAUUCUGAUCUUUAUUUCAUUUGUGUGAAUCAAAGGGCUGUUUACAUGAUCAGUGGUACUAGACAAACAAUCCCUUGAUUCUUUUCAGCCUCUGAUUUGUUUACAUGUACGUGGAGUGAGUCAAAAGCUAAAGCCUACUGAAAGUCAAGAAUGACUGGCAAAAUUAAGCCUUCUUAACUGAUCUCUUCCAGGAAUUUCUGAUAUGUAGCAAGUGGGUGGGAUACACAGUUCCCUAGAGCCAAAUUGUAAUCUGACCAGAGAUAGUCAGCAAGAGCUAGAACACCCUAGAAUUCCUUGUCUGUGCUGCCAGAUGCCUUUGCUCUCAAAUUGCAAUCUCUGGAUUUUUUUUGCUGUAAAAAAGACCUUGGAGGUAUCCAAAUAGAUUCCACUGAAUGAGCAUGAUACAAAAGGGAAAGCACCUGCCUCUCUCUAUGCAUUGCUUCAUAUGUUUCCACAGUUAGUUGCAGGAAAGAACAAAUAGCAAACAGGAUUUUCUCUGUUUUCUGUCUGUAAAGGUAAAGGUAAAGGGACCCCUGACCAUUAGGUCCAGUCGUGACCGACUCUGAGGUUGCGGCACUCAUCUCGCUUUAUUGGCCGAGGGAGCCAGCGUACAGCUUCCCGGUCAUGUGGCCAGCAUGACUAAGCCGCUUCUGGCGAACCAGAGCAGCGCACGGAAACACCGUUUACCUUCCCGCCAGAGCGGUACCUAUUUAUCUACUUGCACUUUGACGUGCUUUCGAACUGCUAGGUUGGCAGGAGCUAUAGCCUUUGAAGCCCACAAGAGAUUUUAUUCAAGGGCUUCCCAAUAAUGCCUAGUUUGACAUCAAGGCUACAGCAAAGAAUAGCAAAGUAGGCAUGUAAAGUUUACCACUGCACACACAUCUCUCAAUCUCUCUGCACUUCACGGUUCUAGAGUUGAUGUUGAGCAACUGAAUGGAUGGACUGACUCCUUAAAGCCUUGUGGUUUGAGUCAAUGUGUAGUUCUUUCAUUGGUAUUAUGUCUACAACAAAAUGUUGCCGUGUGUUUCCUCACCUCUUAGCAGAAGUGCUGCUAUUCAAGCUUCCAGACAGGCAGCCAUGUCCUCCUCCAAUGAUAACUAUAGGUCACAUCAACACCGUCCAUUUCAAGCACAUGGCUUCUCCCAAAGAAGCCCAGAAACUGUAGUUUGUUAAGGGCGCUGGGAACUGUGCAUGGGGCAAACUACAGUUUCCAUGAUCUUUUAGGGAACGGUGCGAUGCUAAUGUAAACCAGUGAGACCCAAAUGUCUUUGGGAUGAAAAUUCUCUUAGGAAAGGCAUGAACGUAUAGAGGCUCUUCCCAUCAACCUUCUGGGGUUCAGAUGUGCUUCCACGUGAUAAAAAGCUUCACUGUGCUGUGACAUAUUUGGUGCCCCUGCUUUGAAGUGAAAUAUUUGUUUGUGUUUUGUUUUAGGCCAGUGGAAAAUAUUCAGUGAGGGAGAAGCUCAGAUAAGCCAAAUGUGUGAAGCUCGGGUGUGCAGGACAGAGCUGGAAGAUUUGGUAAAGGUUUUGUACCUGGAGAAGUCUGAGAAGGACCACUGCUAAGAGAGAAACGCCAGAAAGCCGAUGAAGGCAUGGAUCUGCAGCUGGACUGCGGGCUUAAUCUGCUUCUCCUAAAAGCCCUAAAAGCCAAACUUAUAAUGCAAGUCAAUAUUCAUCUCAUGCCCAAUGUAACCUGCUCCUUCAUGUAGAUCUGUCUCAGGCUUUUCAGUAUCUCUCCGGAAGACUUAGGAGGCUGUGUUACUGGCAGGAGACAACGGGAGGGUUUAGCUUCAUGUAAAGGGUCGUGGCUUUACUGGUUUGGGAAAAAUAAUAAUAGUAAUUAGAUCCGGCAAGCUUAAUGAUCAAGGAAAAGGCCUAACAACAAAAAUGAAAAUGUUUUAUAUGCAGAUCUGGAAAUGACUCUGACAGCAAUAUUGGAGAGCUUAGAAUAUAAAGUGAGAUUUCAGACUAACAGGUACCAUGGCUUUUGGCGCAGUGCCUCUGGGGCUAAUGACACAUUACAUGUUAAAAUGUACAAUACUGCCUUGAUGCUGGUCUUGUUUUGUUUUGUUUUAAGAGCAAAGCAGCUUCAAGAGAGGGGGCAGGCAGGCAGGCAGGCAGGCAGGAAAGGUGCUUAUCCCUCAUAAACACACAUGUGGAAAACACGACCCCUGCCCGGGUGGAAGUAGCUUGGAGAAAUGAUUUUAGUCAUCAUCAACAACAUCAUCAUCAUCAUCAUAAAAAAGGGCUGGUGAUGAAAGGAUUAAGCCAGAUGCAGGGAACAUUUUUCAGCUGAAGGAUCACAUUUCCACAUGUGCAACCUGCCAGGGGUGGAUGUGGCAAUGGAUGUGACUCUUACCUUUACAGAGUAGGCUCCAGUCCAGCCAUGCUGCUUUCUGGGCGUGCAUCUCUCUAUCCAAGCAAGCCAGGGACAUUUUUACAGUUCAUGGGACAUAUUCCAGCCAGGCAACAGAACUGGAAGAGAGUGUAGGGCAGGGUGAUGGGAGUGUGGCCUGAGGAGAGUUCCAAGUGGCAGGCAGAGAGGCGGGGGCAGGGCAUAAUUUGCCUCUGUACCUGAGGUUCUCUGACCUUAGUUUAAGCACUCCCUGUCCCUUCCUUUGCUUCUCCACUCUUAACCUUGCUUUCCGAAAACUGGCAUCAGGGUGUUGUUGCGUGCAUGAGCAUGUAAUGCAUAGUUUUCCUGUUAACUGUUGAAAUAGCAGACAUUAGCACAAAUUACUCUAUUUUUCUACUAAUUUGAGGGAAAGGCUCCUUUUUAAAUCAUUUUCACUCAUUUCCAACUCGGUAUAGGUAGCUCAAAGCUAUUUUCCUGUGGUCCCUUUUAGCAUGCAUCUUGGCCGCCAAGCAGCCUUAAUGAAGUCAUAAUCCCUGGAGCACAUGAAGAACUUUAAACUGCUUAUGAUGCUCUGAAGGGAUGGAGAAGAGGAAAAAAAGAAAUGGUGCAUCUUGAGAAUGAUUUUUUUAAGAGUAAAUAGUAGGCCAGGGGCCCCAAUCCUAUGCACUGAGUAGCUGGGAAAUGAAGAGUUGCAGCUCCUUUACAUGCAUACUUCUGCUAUUUAGUCUUUAAAAAAUACAUUCACACAAUGUAAUCACACAGUUAAGGGACCUUCCAAUCAUACCUUCAGCUGCUGUUUUUCCAGAUUUUUCUGUGUGUUUCCACAUGGCAUCAUUGUCAUUCCAUUGCUAUUCUGCAACAUUGCAGUUCUCAAGACUACUUUUUCUUCCAUCACAAAAUUUCCAACAUUUGUGGAAUUUCCUGAACAGUUCUGCAAGAUAUGCAUUGUGAGGAAGGUGUCAUGCAAUUUCCCAAUUUCUUUUUUGGGGGGAGGGGUGAGUUUCAGCAGUUUCUGUUUCCCAUAUUUUCCCUAUCCUUUUUGAUAGAGUGUCACUAGAGGCUAGCUCAGUCUGAAGCAGUGAACUCAAGUAGUUCCUGCUGCGUAUGCUCCUAAAUUCCCAUAGAGCCAGAAUUCCAAGUGUUAUAUACCUACAUGCACACAGACACCCCAGCCGCAAAAAGCCUAUCAGUAACUUGUGUUUGUGCUCAUAAUUGUGAGUUUUACUGGUUGGUGGAACAAUAGAAUGGAAGAGGUGUGGCUACAGGCACAGAACUUUUCUCAAUGUGAAAAUAUGAUACCACCCUCCAAAGAACAAUGACAAGUGACCAAUGGGGUGGGCAGUCUGCUACAAUUUCACUCCAGAAAACAAGAAGUAACAGUACCUAUAGUGCUGUAAACAGUAGGUCUGGAAGAGCCUCCAGUUUGGCCUGGGGAAGGAAGUAUCAUUUCUUGCCAGAACUGCAGGCCACAUUCCCACCGAUCCUUUCAACUAUACUAUGCUUCAUGCAUUAAGCUAUGCUAAUGGCUUCACUGCUAUAUCAUUUGCACAUGGCUUUCUAAGCAACCUCCCUGCCAUCAGCUUCUGUCCAUUGUUUCACACCAUGUAAAACGGAAGGUAGGAGCUGAUCAAUAUUUUAGUUAUGAUUCAUUUCAGGAAGGUAGCACUCACCAAAACUGGCAAAUGCCACAGCAAGGAAGGGGCCUUACCUUAGUGGUAGAACUCACACUUUAUUCCAGGUUUAGUCCCUGGGUUCACUCUCCAGGUAAGCCUGGACUGGGUGGGACUCCUGCUUGAAUCAGUGGAGAGUCAUUGCCAGUCAGUAGUGCAGAUCAGGGAUAGCCAACGUGGAGCCCACCGGAUGCUAUUGGACUGCAGCUCCCAUCAGCCCUCAACUUCCAUGGCCUAUGGUCAGGAAUGUGGAAGCUGUGGUCCAGCAACCUGGAGGACACCAUGUUGUCUUGUCCCUGAUGUAGAGGAUACUGAACUUGAUGGUUUGACUCAGCAGAAGGCACCUUCCUGCAUCACAGUAAAGUUACGGCAACAGCUGGUGCACAUUUGAAGUCUGCUGUGUGGGCUCUCAUAGCCAAAGGCCUACUUUGUCAGGUGCAAUGCUGGAGUUGUAUCCAACACCCCACUUCCCCUUCCUCUGCUUCUCCCCAUACAUACACAAAGGCUGUUCCAGAGGACCCCCCCCCAAAAAACCAUCUGGAACAGAUUUUGCAUGAGGGGGUUGUAGCAGGGAGGGGAAGUGGGAGUAAUUAUUUACAUGCAAGUAAUUAUUUACUUGCAUGUUGUGCAAGUGGGAGUUGUUUUGCAAACAGAAGAGAAGCGUUGGAUUUAGUCCCACCAUAGCCAGAGUGGUCUACAAAGUGAUUCUUCCCAGACAUGGAAGUAUAAUCUGAAGCAUCAAGCACCUCUCUCAGUGGAAACUUAAUGAGCACUUAGGCCUAAUUAUUAGCAGAUAAGGUGUGGUAUACCUAUUUCUGGAGUAUACCACUGUGAGGUGGGAAGUUCAUGGAAAGUGUACAGUACUUAUUUUUUAUUUUUGAAAGAAAAGUGAAUUACUUUCUGUAUUUGUGACAAGAAAGGUGGGGUGCAGACUGUGUAUUUAUUUGUAUGAUAACAACUUUUUAAGGAAAAGGAAGCACCAAUAUAGUGAGUUUGCUUAAGAUUAACAAAUAUACACCAUAGCCUGGGUUUAGGUUGGGCUUCUCCCCACCCACUUCCCAAGACACAUACUUGUAACCAUUAUUUAUGUAUUUGUUCUAUCACUUUUAUAAGUUAAUAAACUUGAAGUUGUUCCAAACAGGAAA